AUGGGGGGGACCUUGAGCCGCCGCGGGCAGCCGCCGCCUCCGCCUUGCAGGCUGGAGGGGGCCGGGUAAGUGCGGGGGGAGAGACUGGCAGGUGACCCUCCCUGGCAAGGGGGUGUAACUCCCCCACUGUGACUCCCCCACGAGGAGGAAAAGCUGGUGGAGCAGACAGGGUGGUGCAGUGGUUAGAGCGUCCGAGAGCCCACGAAGUGACCUUGGCCCAGUCCCUGUCUCUCAGCCUAGCCCACCUCACAGGGUUGUUGUGGGGAUAAGACGGAAAGGGGAGACGUGUGCGCCCCCUGCCUGCGCUCCCUGAAAGGUAGUGGGAUACAGAUGACAAAAUAAGAGCUCCCCUCUUGUUCCCGUCAAAGCUAAGGCUGAUCAGCCCCCUAUGAAAAUUGGAAUUUUUGAAAAGCCCCGGCUGCUCGGAGGGAGACGUUUUCUGUGCAUUGUAGUUAGGCUGCAAUCCUGAUCGUCUUUGCUUCAUUGGAGAAUAAACUUCCUUGACAUCGGACAGGCUUCAGUGAGCCUGCAGAGGAUUGGGCCCUUCUUCUCUUGUGGGUCAAAGAUGGCUUCUGGGUGGCUGUCUCCAUCCCACAUUCUCCCCCACUGAUGGUCAUGUUCUCUCUCCUCUCCUGGAGGCAGAACUAAGGCCUCUGAAUGGGGAGGGCAGUGCAGUUGGGGGCUUUCCAGGCACCUGGAGGCAGGGAGCAGGAGGGAGACUUACAGACUGCAGCCUCCUCUGCCCUUUUGUCCCGCGGCUGCUGCUGCACCUGGAGAAGGGCAGCAGGCUGAGCAGCCAGAAGGCUGAGCCUGCCAGCCCGGCCCACGGGCAGCCAAGGGAAGUUUCUGCCAUCGCGGUUUCGGGGGGGGGGCUGCUUAUUUAGAGGCUCCAUAGCCUUGGGCCUCCCCAAAGGGGUAUUUUCCCUUGGGGUUUAUCCUCUGGAGGGUGAUGCAGGUGACAUGAUUCCCCCUGAACUGUUGUUUGUGGGUGGGCUUCCUCCUUGGUGGAACAACUGUGGCUGGAAGGCAAAUGGGGGUCAGACUGGCUUCUAGUUGAGACACGGAAGGUUUGGAGAGUGGAGCUUGGGGUGAGAGCGCAAAUGCAGCACCUCAACUGAUGGUGUCUCUGGUUUUUGCUGUUUUCUAUAUCUCCUGUAGUUAUUGUACAGUGGUGCCCCACAAGACGAAUGCCUCGCAAGACGAAAAACUCACUAGACGAAAGAGUUUUCCGUUUUUUGAGUUGUUCCGCAAGACGAAUUUCCCUAUGGGCUUGCUUCGCAAGACAAAACGUCUUGCGAGUUCUUGCAAGUUUGUUUCCUUUUUCUUAAAGCCGCUAAGCCGUUAAUAGCCACUAAGCCGCUACGCUGUUAAUAGCCACUAAGCCGCUAAGACGCUAAUACAGUGGUGCCUUGCAAGACGAAAUUAAUCCGUUCCACGAGUCUCUUCGUCUUGCGGUUUUUUCGUCUUGCGAAGCACAGCUAUUAGCGGCUUAGCGGCUAUUAACGGCUUAGCGGCUUUAAGAAAAAGGAAACAAACUCGCAAGAACUUGCAAGAUGUUUCGUCUUGCGAAGCAAGCCCAUAGGGAAAUUUGACUUGCGGAACGACUCAAAAAACGGAAAACUCUUUCGUCUAGCGAGCUUUUCGUCUUGCGAGGCACCACUGUAGCCGCUAAGCCGCUAAGCCACUAAUAGCCGUGCUUCGCAAGACAAAAAAACCGCAAGACGAAGAGACUCGCGGAACGGAUUAAUUUCGUCUUGCGAGGCACCACUGUACUUUUGUGUUUGCAAUUACUGCAAUUUUAUUAUAUUUUAUUUUGCAUUAAUCUGUUCACUGCUUUGGGAGCCUUCGGGCCAAAACGUCUGUAUAAAUAAACCAAUCAAUGAGUGAAUCUGGUUGAGAACAAGAUGCUGCCCUAGAUGGGCUUUUGGCCUGAUUCAACACAGCAAUCCUGAUCUUUUGCAAUCCUGUUCUCAUGCUCUCCUGUUCUGCACUUGUCCACCCCUUUGCAAGGGUCCCCAUUACCUUUCAUGGACUACUGGAGAUAGGACAAUAAACCAGCUGAGCCUCUUCUCUAUGUGUCUACAUCAAAGUAACUCCCACUGUGACCAAUGGGGCUUACUUCCCAGGAAGUGGAUUUAACAUCCUGGCCUCUGAAAUUUGUGACUAGUCUAGCAGAUUUAUUUUGACAUCUUAUGCCACAAUAAAUCUGCUAGUCUUUAAGGUGCCACAAUUUUUUUGUUGCUGCUGCUGCUUUUGUUGAAACAUAAUGCUCUCCCCUCUGGAAUUUGUCACAAUAAGCUAGCCUGAUGGUUACUCACUUGGAUGCCUUUAUAAAUGAAAGGAUUAGAAGUGUUGGAGGGUGAAAAGGAUUGGCUGUGUAAGACUGGAGGAGGAUUGUCUCUGUGCUGUGUUGUACCUGUGGGCAGCUGUGAGGUGGGUGGCAGCCCAGCGGGAGAGCACUUGUUUUGCCUUAGGGGCUCUGAGGUUCAGUCUCUGGGAUGGUCAGGUAGGGCAGGGAAAAUCAUCUCCCCAAGGCCCUAGAAAGCUGCAGCCUGUGAGUGCGUAGCCAAUGUUCCCCCAAAUAAUUCUGGGGUGCUACUUGUUUAAGGGUGCUGAGAGUUGUUAGGGGACCCCAUUCCCACCCCAGAGCUACAAUUCCAGAGUCCCCUGGGAAGAAGGAUCAAAUGUGAAGCCACUCUGGGAAGCCAGAACAUGGUACCCUCGUUCUUUAAAUGUACUGUAUGUUGUGACUGUGGCCUAACAUGGAUGGAAAAGGUACAGCGAAAGGGCACACCAGUUCUGCCAGGUGUGACUAAAAGGCAAGGGGACACCUCCUGUUGCUGCCUCAUUUCCUGCCAGGCUCUUGCUCCAUGACGUUUGACAGCUCCCUGGCACACAGAUAUUACACAGGUGGAAGGUAUCCUAUUGCUUCAUCUCUCUACCAGCGAUGGAGCACGUGCCAUGCACACACCUUGUCUCAGGCAGGUUCACUCUCUGGCAUCUCUGGGAAGGGCUGUCCAGAGCCCUGGAGAGCUGCUGCCAGUUGGUGUAAACAAUAUUGAGCUGAUAAAAGGCAUGGGACUCUUCUACUGAGACCUAGUACUGUCUCAGUGCUUGCUGCUUCCACACACCCACCCCCAAAUCAGCCCACCACACCUACCCAACCAGGACAUUUGUCAAUAAAGAAUUAAUACAUCAUAGAGGUCCAAAUCCUUGUUCUCUCUCUGUAGCCCUUGAGGCCUUUGAUGAAGUUCAUGCAGCUGCACAGCUUCUGCCCCCGCACUCAAAUCCUGCCACUGAAAUUGUGCUUACCGUAUUUUUCGCCCUAUAGGACACACUUUUUCCCCUCCAAAAAUGAAGGGGAAAUGUGUGUGCAUCCUAUAGGGCGAAUGCAGGCUUUCGCUGAAGCCUGGAGAGCGAGAGGCGUCGGUGCGCACCGACACCUCUCGCUCUCCAGGCUCCAGGAAGCUAUCUGCAAGCCUUGCGCACCCGGGGGGAGAUCCCUCUGGGCACGCACGGCUUGCGGGCGGCAGCCUGCAGCGCGGAGCACAGGGCGCCCUCCGGAGGACGUCCUGUGCUUCGCGCAGAUGUCGGCAAGCCUUGCGCACCCGGGGGAUCUCCCCCGGGCGCGCAAGGCUUGCGGGCGGCAGCCUGCAGCACGGGGCGCCCUCUGGAGGACGCCCCGUGCUUCGCGCAGGUGUCCGCAAGCCUUGCGCGCCCGGGGGAGAUCCCCCUGGGCGCGCACGGCUUGCGGGCGGCAGCCUGCAGCGUGGAGCACGGGACGCCCUCCGGAGGAUGCCCGUGCUUCGCACAGGUGUCGGCAAGCCUUGCGCACCCGGGGGAUCUCCCCCGGGAGCGCAAGGCUUGCGGGCGGCAGCCUGCAGCGCGGAGCAAGGGGCGCCCUCUGGAGGACGCCCCAUGCUUCGCGCAGGUGUCCGCAAGCCUUGCACGCCCGGGGGAGAUCCCCCCCAGGCGCGCAUGGCUUGCGGGCGGCAGCCGGCAGCGCGGAGCAUGGGGCGCCCUCUGGAGGAUGCCCCGUGCUUCGCGCAGGUGUCUGCAGCCUGCCGCCCAGCGCGUGGGGCACCCUGAAGCAGAGCGCCCCUCACGCCGGGCAGAUAUUGGCCAGCCCCACAAGCUCGGGGGACAACGGGGAGGCGCAGCGCCGCCAUCCCACUGUUCCCCGAGCUGGUUUUGGGGGGGAAAUAAAGGAAAAAAUUUUUUCCUUUAUUUCCCCCCCAAAAAAGUAGGUGCGUCCUAUGGGACGGAGCGUCCUAUGGAACGAAAAAUACGGUAUAUAAUAUGUCCCUACUGUACUGGUUGAGAGAAAUUAACACAACUAGAGGACAAAAGAUCUAGGACUGAGAAAAUAUGGAAAGUGUUUAUUGAUCAUACACGUGCAAAUGCCCCCUGCCCUCAAUAUAGACUACGGAGCUUUUCAGUUACCUCUUUACCUUGAAACCCUGUAAAGAAUAAAGGAGAACCAUCAGGAUUCACAUUAGCAAAGCCCUCUUCAUCCCUUGCUCACCUAAUGAGGAAUCCAGGAAGAGCAAGUGCUCCCCUCCUUCUGCUUGGCUGUGAUCCAUGUUAAGUAGGAACAUCUUUUUUAUGUUUCUCUAAAAGAUAAGAGACAAAUUAAGAACAAAAGGGAUACAAAGGGGGAGUUACUAACUGAGGCUUACGACCCGCUCAAUACAUGCUGAUAAUCUUCACACUUGCUAUCUCUGCAUGGCAAAGGUGUCCCUGCCCAGGUAUGGAGAGGGUGGUCCUCUUCCCUGCCAAAGCAGGGAGAGAAAAGUGCUUUGCAAACUUGGAAGCCACACUUGCAAAAGUCCCCCUUGCCCACCACCCAAUGAUUUCACAUUUACACAGGCAGCAAAUGUGGGAUGUCACACAGAGACCAUUCUGGAAUAUGCUGUCUUACAACCUGAGCCCUGGGUUCCUGUUAUUAGUUCCAGUUGUAUUUUGUUUUGUUUUUAAAAACAUUCUAAACUGGAUUUAGAUGUUAUCAUAGGAAGUCGUACAGCAAUUACAAACUAUCUAUGAGAACCCAUUUAUAAUUUUUGGUGCAAACAGUUCUGAGAUAAGAAGAAGCAGAUGCUGUCUUGAGGACACCCCCGCCUUAAAAAAAACAGGUUCCAAAUUUGCACCCCACCCAAACAUUAUUGGCAUCCAUCUGUCUUGGGAGAUAAUGGAAGAGUGUGCCUUCAAGGGUAAAGUCAUACCAUUGGAGAGUUACAGCACCUGCUGUGGCUGUAGAGACUGAUAGGGGAGAGACAUGUUUUGUUGCAGCUGGGGCAGAUGAAGGAGUCUGGUUGUGCUGCUGCAGAUGCACCAGGAUGUUUCUUUUCUCGCACUCCUGCAAGCGGUCAUUCCUCUUCUGGUCACACUUGUGGAUGCAUGACCUGACUGUCUGCAGGCACUGCACUCAUCUGCAAGGGAUUCCUACAUGGCGGAAUUGAUGUUGCCGACCUUCAUGUCACAUUUGCAGAUGUCUGUGUUGCACAUAAUUGGUCUGCCAAAGGGCCCUGGUGCCUAAAGGCAGCUCACCAUAGACCAGGUCCUUGGGGAUUCUUCUAUCUUCCAUUCUGUGUACAUAAUCAAGUGAGUGUUUCUGUCGCUGAGACAGAAGUGUGAAGAUGCUGGGAGUAGCUCAGUUGAUAAGAGUAUGAGACUCUUAAUCUCAGGGUCAUGAGUCUGAGCUGUGUGUUGAGCAAAAUAUUCCUGCAUUGCAGGGGGUUGGAAUUGAUGACCUUUGUGGUCCCUUCCAACUGAUACAGUUGGGGCAUGUUCUCAGGGAUUGUGUGAAGAAGCCCAAAUGACUGUCAGGGGUGGCAAUUUGACCCCUGGGGUCUCUGCACCUGAGGCAUUAUGGGAGUUGUAGUCCAACAACAGCUGCAGAGUUGCAUGCUAGCCGCCACUGCCUAAAGCUUGAGGAAGGGCCAAAGCCCAGGGGCAGAGCAUCUGCUUUGCUUGCAGAAGGUUCCAGGUUCCAUCUCUGGCAUCUCCAAGUAGACCCUCCAACACCAAAGAGCAACUGUUCUACAUGGACUAUCCUGAGUCAGACCAUUGAUGUUCCCAAAACAAAGUGUCUUGUGCAUAAGCCAGUGGUAGCUGACCUGUGACCCUCCAGAUGUAGCUGAACUGCAGUUUCUACCUGUCUCCCCCCUCCCCCUGUCAUGGCCAGUGACAACAGCUGGAGGACCCCAGGCUGGUUUGCCAUCCCUGACAUAAAGUUCUGUGGACUCCAGUCUGAUGAGGUGGACUCCCAUCCACAAGAGGACCUGCCACAGGACGCUUUUUGGUUAUUUCCAGAAUACCUGUUUGAUGAACUUUGUACAACUUUUGUCUGGAGGUUAGGUAGUAUUAACUAUUUCGUGAGCAUUCAUUCUGAUUUGUUUGCUGGGUGGGGGAAGACAUGAGUGGAAUAUUGGUACAUCUUCUCAUCACUUUACCACAAAAUGUACAAAAUAGUGGUGGGGGAAGCUGGUCUGUUGUGCAAAAACACCAAAUGAACUUUAAUAACACAACCUGAAUUUGCUGGCACGUGAUGAAAUCCCACCGUAAAGUAACAGCAUCUCCUGAAGUGUCAUGAGACUUCACUGUUGUCUGCUACAACAGCCCAAUACAGCUACACGAAUCUCCUAAAUUAUUUCGGAAGUAACACCAAGCCCACCGAUAAUGUGCGGGAAAGCUUACAGCAAGCGUACAAGAUUGAGGAAAGCACAGUGUGAGCUUUUCAGGUCAAAUCCUGUGUUAACUGUCAAUUUUGUUGUUGUUGUUGUUGUUGUUGUUUAGUCCGACUCUUCGUGACCCCAUGGACCAGAGCACCCCAGGCCCUCCUGUCUUCCACUGCCUCCCGCAAUUUGGUCAGACGAGAACACUGUCCAACCAUCUCAUCCUCUGUUGUCCCCUUCUCCUUGUGCCCUCAAUCUUUCCCAACAUCAGGGUCUUUUCCAGGGAGUCUUCUCUUCUCAUGAGGUGGCCAAAGUACUGGAGCCUCAGCUUCAGGAUCUGUCCUUCCAGUGAGCACUCAGGGCUGAUUUCCUUAAGAAUGGAUAGGUUUGAACUUCUUGCAGUCCAUGGGACUCUCAAGAGUCUCCGCCAGCACCAUAAUUCAAAAGCAUCAAUUCUUCAGCGAUCAGCCUUCUUUACGGUCCAGCUCUCACUUCCAUACAUCACGACUGGGAAAACCAGAGCUUUAACUAUACAGACCUAUGUUGGCAGGUGAUGUCUCUGCUUUUUAAGAUGCUAUCUAGGUUUGUCAUCGCCUUUCUCCCAAGAAGCAGGCGUCUUUUAAUUUCAUGACUGCUGUCACCAUCUGCAGUGAUCAUGGAGCCCAAGAAAGUAAAAUCUCUCACUGCCUCCAUUUCUUCCCCUUCUAUUUGCCAGGAGGUGAUGGGCCCAGUGGCCAUGAUCUUCGUUUUUUUGAUGUUGAGCUUCAGACCAUAUUUUGUGCUCUCCUCUUUCACCCUCAUUAAAAGGUUUUUUAAUUCCUCCUCACUUUCUGCCAUCAAGGUUGUGUCAUCUGCAUAUCUCAGGUUGUUGAUAUUUCUUCUGGCAAUCUUAAUUCUGGCCUGGGAUUCAUCCAGCCCAGCCUUUCACAUGAUGAAUUCUGCAUAUAAGUUAAAUAAGCAGGGAGACAAUAUACAGCCUUGCUGUACUCCUUUCCCAGUUUUGAACCAAUCAGUUGUUCCAUAUCCAGUUCUAACAAAACCUUAUUAAUGUUGCUUUUAAUUUGAUAUGCUCUUAAUUUCGACUAACAGUCAGAGGGAUAGUUAGGAUGAUAAGGAUAUUGCCUCCCUCUGUGGGUGAUGGAUGUCUUCUACAGUCAUACCUCUGGUUACAGAUGCUUCAGGUUGCGCGUUUUCAGGUUGCACACCGUGCCAAACCCAGAAGUACCAGAACAGGUUACUUCUGGGUUUCGGCACUCGCAGAUGCGCAGAAGAGCUAAAUCGCGCUUUGCGCAUUCAGAGAAGUGCCGAAUCGUGACCCAUGCAUGCGCAGAUGCGGCACUGCAGGUUGCGAAUGUGCCUCCCGCACGGAUCACAUUCGCUACUCGUGUGUCCACUGUAUUCUGCUUUUCUGUAUUCCUGCUGAAGAGCUUUCUUGCAUUUGGUCCUGUUAAGAUGUGCACUGGCUGUCUCCCAGCAACGGUGCUGAGUGAGUGUCAGUGUGUUUGCAAAGAAAAGGAAGUUCCAUUUUGUUUGAACAGAGUCUGUUCCUCACACUGCAGAGAUGUGUAACUGAGAGGUGGCUUGAAUGUGUUGUCUUUUCGGCUGUGAUCCUGUGGAACACAGGAAGGCGCCUCAUGCCACGCCAGGCCAGUGUUACCAGUGUUUGCGUUUCCUUUGGAAAUGAGGCACAACAGAGACUGUGGUGUCCUUGUGAUAUAGGGUUUAUGUACACAUAUCUACGAUGGAGGAACUCACAGCAUUACGCACAAAGAGGUUCUUGCUUCUCCUGUGGUCUCAGUCUUGGAUGCCAGCAGAAAUCAGCCACGGCCCUCUGUCUCUCUGCUCUGCACUGCCACUUUUUUUCUCUCAGCUCACAUCCCAGCCAACUGCAAUUCUAAAAACAACUCCUCUCCUUUCAGCUCUAAAACUCUACUUCAGAGGCCUCUGACACGGAGCCACUCGCUUUGUCCCCCAAGACUCAUCUUUAGGGGGUCAUCACCAGGCUGGCUCCUGCCUUGUAUUUCAGCAUACUAAAGCCAGGAAUUAGAAGGGGGGUCUUGGAGUCAGAAGGGGAGUCCAGGCACCCCACAUAUUCAUAACAAUAUUGAAAUCUAAGACUGUGGCACAAUGUGGUGCCCUCCCUCUGUAUUUUGAACUCCCAACUCAGCCCCAGCCAGCAUUGCCAUUGGUCAGGAAUGAUGGGAGUCAGUGGCCUGUGGUUAGGCCUCCAUGGGGCUGUCCCUAAAAAAGUUUGGCCCAACUCACAGUUGUAGACAUGGCUUAGAUCUGGUGUUCACCUCUAUGGAUGUUGGUGAUCUGACACUAAGUAAAAGUGAAACAAAAGAAGUGCCAUGGUCGGAUCACUGCCUGGUGCAACUGGACUUCUCUGCAGCCCUUUCCCUCUGCAGGGAGGUGGGACUGAUUCAGAUGGUCCGCUCCCGCCACUUAAUUGAUCCAAAUGGAUCAAAAUGGUUUCCAGGGAGUGGUAGGGGAUAUUUUAUCCCAUGCUGAUGGCCUUUCAGCUGAUUCAUUAGUGGCCCACUGGAAUGCAGAGUUAACCAGGGCUAGUGACUGUCUGGCUCUGAAGUGCCCUCUCUGAUUGCAUGGAGCCUGGACAGCCCUGUGGUUUUCCCCUGAGCUGAGGGUGAUGAAACAAUCUUUGAGAUGGCUAGAGUGUAGGUGGUGGAAAACUCAUUCUGAAUUGGACUGGACACGGGCUAGAGCUCAACGUCGAGCCUACCAAGUGGUGAUAGCGACUGCAAAUAGGACCUUCUUCACUGCCUCUAUUGUAUUUGCAGAGAACAGCAGCAGGAGACGCUUUCAGGUGGUUCGCAAUCUAUCGGAACCACCUUCAUCACCGGGGCCUGAUAGGGACCCCAAGAUCUCCUGCAAUGCUUUUGCAAAGUUUUUUGCAGAUAAAGUUGCACAGAUUCAGAAAGAGGUAGAUUCCACUGUGGGAGCAGGGGCGGGGUGGGAGAGUGCUAGAGUUCUUGUCUGGUCAAGUUGUGUGGGAUCAAUUCCAAUCUGUUACCUCCGAGGUUGUGAACAGGCUGCUUGGACAAGUGAAACCGACCACCUGUCUCCUUGAUCCUUGCCCAUCCUGACUAAUGAAAGCAAGUCUGGAAGGGCUGGGCGAUGGGCUCUGCGGGGUGGUGAAUGCUUCUCUCUGCGAGGGAGCCUUCCCAGACCCACUGAAAGAGGUGGUCAUUAAACCCCUUCUUAAAAAAAAUCUUUAGACCCGGCCAAUAUGGCCAACUAUCGCCCCGUCUCAAAUCUUCCAUUCUUGGGCAAGGUGAUUGAGCAGGUGGUUGCUCAACAACUCCGGGCACACCUGGAGGAUGCGGACCAUUUGGAUCCCUUCCAGUUGGGAUUCAGGCCUCAUCAUGGAACUGAAACUGCCUUGGUCGCGCUGGUCGAUGAUCUCUGGCGGGCUAGGGACAAAGGUGAGAGCUGUUUCCUAGUUCUGCUGGAUCUCUCAGCAGCCUUUGAUACCAUCGACCAUAACAUCCUUCAGGACCAUCUAGAAGAGCUGGGAGCUGGGGGCACAAUUAUACAGUGGUUCCGCUCCUUUCUCCUGGGCCGUGUGCAGAAAGUAGUGUUGGGGGAUGAGUGUUCAAACUCCUGGGCUCUCACUUGUGGGGUGCCUCAGGAUUCCAUCCUUUUCCCCAUGCUUUUUAACACCUACAUAAAGCCGCUGGGAGAGAUCAUUAGGAAGUUUGGGUUGGGUUUUCAUCAAUAUGCAAAUGAUACCCAGCUCUACCUCUCUUUUAAAUCAGAACCAGUGAGGGCAGUGGAGGUCCUGUGUGAGUGCCUGGAGGUGGUUGGAGGAUGGAUGGCAACUAACAGAUUGAAGCUGAAUCCUGAAAAGACAGAAGUACUGUUCUUGGGGGACAGGGGGUGGGCUGGUGUGGAGGUCUCCCUGGUCCUGAAUGGGGUAACUGUGCCCCUGGUACACAGCCUGGGAGUCAUUUUGGACUCACAGCUGUCCAUGGAGGCACAGGUCAAUUCUGUGUCCAGAGCAGCUGUCUACCAGCUUCAUCUGGUACACAGGGUGAGACCCUACCUGCCCGCGGACUGUCUUGCCAGAAUGGUGCAUGCUCUAGUUAUCUGCCGCUUGGACUACUGCAGUGCGCUCUAUGUGGGGAUACCUUUGAAGGUGACUCGGAAACUGCAAUUAAUCCAGAAUGCGGCAGCUAGACUGGUGACUGGGAGUGGUUGCUGGGACCUUAUAACACCGGUCCUGAGAGACCUACAUUGGCUCCCAGUACAUUUCCAAGCACAAUUCAAAGUGUUGGUGCUGACCUUUAAAGCCCUAAACGGCCUCGGACCUGUAUACCUGAAGGAGCCUCUCCACCCCCAUCGUUCAGCCCAGACACUGAGAUCCAGCACCGAGGGCCUUCUGGUGGUUCCUUAAUUGCAAGAAGUGAGGUUACAGGGAACCAGGCAGAGGGCCUUCUCGGUAGUGGUGCCUGCCCUGUGGAACGCCCUCCCAUCAGAUGUCAAGGAAAUAAGCAACUAUCCUACUUUUAAAAGACACCUGAAAGCAGCCCUGUUUAGGGAAGUUUUUGAUGUUUAAUGCUGUAUUGUGUUUUUAAUAUUUGAUUGGGAGCCACCCAGAGUGGCUGGGGAAACCCAGCCAGAUGGGCAGGAUAUAUGAUUAUGAUUAUUGACUAGGCGGACUAGCGUAGUCCCCUAAAUGUUCCUCUGCCACCUCCUUCCCAAAGCCCAGGAAGUUUCUGCCCAGCUUAGGGAGGGAGUCGGAAUGCUCAUACAGUAUGUGCAAUGUCACACACAAACCGCCCCAUCGUCCUUGCAAGCUGGCAUCUCUGGCCCUAACUAUUCCCCUACAAAAAAAUUCACCACACGCCACCGAUGGGAGUUGUAGUCCAACAACAUCUGGGGGCACCAUGUUGGCUUUUCCUGCUCUCCUGUUGAAUUUAUUAAAACCAUACUUCACUUUCUCAGAUUUGGCAAGAAUGACCUCCACCUUUUGGUACUUUCUGGGGGAGCUUUGAAGUGCUAGAAAUGUGUGAUGUUUCUAAACUGAGAAGCUGAGAGUCUUAAGAUCUGGCUGAAAUAUUGUUUGCUGGAUGCGAUUCUGUGCUAGUCAUAUGCAGGGCUAGAAAAGGAUAGAUCCCCUGCUUGAGUGCAGAAGGUCCAGGUCUAGUUAAAUAAAGGAUUGGGUAGCAGAUGCUGGUCGGGGGGGGGGGGGAGAACCUGUGCCUGAGACCUGGAGAGGUGCUGCCAGUUCCAGUAGACAAUACUGGGCUAGAUGGAUAAAUGUUUUGACCUGCUAGAAGGCAGCUUCUGAUGUUCCCAUCCCCAACUGGCAGCAUCAAUAUUUUAGGCACCCAAAUAAAUCAGCACAUGGAGUUUCUUCUACCACUCUGAACCCAUUUUCUAUCGCAACAUUUUGUCAGUGUAUGGGGAUGCACAGCCUGUUCCUGUGCUUGUUUACUCAGAAGUAAGUCCAACUGAGUUUGGCAAGACUUAUUUCCAAUGAAGUGUGCAUUGUCUUCCUGAAUCCUUGGACAGUUGCUGUAAGAACAGCUUAUCUCCUCCUGUAUUUAUUUGCAGGCUUUCUCACAGCCUCAUCAGGGCCUCUUCCCACUCCACGUUUCUUAGCAACUGCAAAAAAUGUUAUGUAACUACGGUUACAGGAAAAUUAUGUGCUGAGGGAUGUGCGUGUGCAGCCCUGAUGCCACGUGGUGUGGGAGUAAGCCAAGGCUGCAGAGAGUCUAGAGAAUCUCAAUGGCUCAAAUUCUUCCAGAAACGAAACCACAGGCCUGCUGUUUGCUAUUCUGACUCUGGAGAAGGGAGCCUUCUUUUUCUGGUGCUUUCUGUUGGAAAAGCCAUCUCAAAGCUCCCUCUAGUGAGUUUUGCUGCUAGAGCUCCCAACAGAGCGAGGAUAGCAUUUAACAACUCCAAACUCAAUCCCAACUGAGAUUCUGGACUCCUCCAGAUGCUUUGCUCAUUGAACAUUUAUCCUGACCCAGCUCCACCCCUCAUCCACGGCGCUUGUGAAGGCCCAGUGUCCUGGCCACUGUUAGCGAUGGGGGAAUCUAACAGUUUCAGUUUCUUCUUUUUCCAGCCUCAGAUUCAGUUCUCCACAUUUCCACGUCAGUUUGUAAUUUUUUAAAGUGCUCAUGAAAAUUUACCUGCAUUUCAGGGCAAAUUUCUCCCAUUAUGCAAUUUUGUCUAAUUGAUCCAUUUUUGUUUUUAAAUUUUCAUAGUUUGGUGUCUACAUUUUUUUACACAUUACUUGGCUGGAGAAGCGCACUGUAGAAUUUGGAGAAUGGCUGAGUUUGUGGCCACCUAUUGUUUUGGAAAGUGCAAUUUCAGUAGAUUUGCCUAAGCAUAGAAGAGCUUACAGGAGGCAUCAAAAGGUUGGAAGAGAAGGUGCCUCUUGUUGCUGAGGCCUGCUGUGUUUCGUUCUAGGUGCUCCAUCUGGCAGUCACUUCACUUUCACAUAUGUGCACAUGCAAUUAAAAAGGGGGAGCCUGCAAUGAGAAAGGGGGGCCUGUGCGCACAUCUAAGAUCACUUCUUAAUUUUAACCUUGAGUGGAAGUGUUUGCAGGGGCGUACGAAGGUGGGGGGUGGCACACCUCGGGUGCCACCCGGGAGGGUGACAAGAUGGCCUGCUGCCUCCCCCCCAGCUGUAGAGCGGCUGAGGGCACAGCGUCCGUAUGGGCUGCCGAGCGUGCAUGCUCCCCUAGGGUGCCAGAGAGGCUUCCUCUGCCCCUGAGUGUUUGCAUUUGGCUCUGAGCAGCAGCUGGUCAACUGUGUGCUGGCUGUGAGAGGAAAGCCUUCUGGUGCUCCCUGCUUGAACAGCCCUGGCAAGGCACAGAUUGAAAUAGAGCCAAUUCCCUUUCAUGUGAGCCUGGCAUUGGCUGUGCCAUCAUGUUUCAUAUGCUCCCACAGUAUGACUGUCCUGCAUUCAAGAAGAGAUGCUCUGCUGGGAAGGAGCAGCUCUCAGGGAAGAUUUCAGCCACUGUGAUGGGAUCAUGUUCCAGCACCUAAAUCUAGUAAACACACAGUGUUAUCAAGAAUAGACCUGGACGGAUCUUUUGUUUCAGUUUCUCCCAAUUUCUUCUUUUUUCUAAUAUUAAAUUCUCUUCUACCCAUUUCCACACCUGCAAGGGUUUGGGUUUUGUUUUUUUUUUAAAGUCCUGAAAAUUCAGAAGUUCUUUAGUGGGAAUUUCUUCUCAGAUAUACAAUUUUGCAUGUGAUUUUUCUUCAUAUCAUGCAUUGUUGUAUGUUAUCUUCAUUUUUAUAAGACUUUCCCCUAAUAUAUAUGAUUCUGGAGAACUGUGUUGCCAAAUUUGGAGAAGUGCAAAAUUUCAAUGUUAGCUGUAUUUUUGCUUAUGUGUUUUUGGAAGUGUAGAUUAAGUAUUUGUACAUAAAAAUGGACUUUCUCUCCUGAAUUGGGAAGGGAAAUGAAUUCUGUGAAUUUCCAUGCCCUUUAUUUCUGAGGCUCGUCAUUCCUAUUUAAUUUUUUCACCCUGUACUUCAUAAACAUCUUUUCUACCCCGGGGUCUUUUUGACCACCACGGGGCCUUUCUUCACCUUCUGAAUUGCUGGUCAUUGCAGGAACAAUGGUUUAGAAAUUGGUGCCUGGGUAUUUCUUCUUCUCUCCUUGUUCAUUUUCCCUUGUGUAUUGUGCUUUUUUAAGACUGUAAGCCUGAGGGUGAGGACUGUCUUGUUCUGCUUGUAAGUAAGCCCCUCUGGGAGACUCUUUGGCUGAAAAGUGGGGUGCAAGUGCUCCAGAUAAAUAAAGGCAUACAUGGAGAAGCCUUUUGAAAUUGAACCUGGGACUUUCUGCCUGCAUUGCAGAUGCUCCACUUCUGAGCACACAGCAGCCCUCCGGAUCCUCUGGGGCUGUGUUCCCUUUACCAUAGAGCAGUGAUGGUGAACCUUUUAGAGACCGAGUGCCCAAACUGCAACCCAAAACCCACUUAUUUAUCGCAAAGUGCCAACACGGCAAUUUAACCUGAAUACUGAGAUUUUAGUUUAGCAGGGGAGGUUGGCGCAGCAACACAGUGGUGCCUCGGUUUUCGAACUGCUUAGUUCUCAAACUACUUGGAACCCAAACACUUCAAACAUGGAAAUGAGUGUUCCGGUUUUCAAACUUUUUCCAGAGCCCAUGCUCUGUUCUGAGUAUAACUUCCGUUUUGAGUGCCACACUUCCAUUUUCAGAGGGAAGGCGGGCUGAGCAGCAAGGGAGCAGGCACCUGCUACCCUCCAGUGCUGGGUCCCUCCACUGCCACAACAGCAACCACCCCAUCCUCCAGCUCCGGAGGCGCUGAGUGAGGGAAGGCUGGGCUGGGGCGAGCAGGCAAGGGAUGCCGCCGCCGCCACCACCCCCAGCCUGCUCCUGCUCCGGCUCCUGGAUUGGGCUGCUCCGCUAGGCAGUGUUGCUGCUUGCACAGGAACAGGAGCUGGAUCGGGGCUGCUCAGCUGGGGAGGUGCAGGCUCCAUCACACUUUCCAUUGAGGGGUUCGCGGCUGCACUCCCCUCAAGGGAGAAGUUUAAAAGAGUGCCCACCUCCGCAUGAGAUCCCCUGCAGCCCUGUGAAGGCAGCCAGGCUGAAUAGUUGCUGAGGUUGGGGAAGGUGGAGGCAGCCCAGAAGCUGCAUCUGAGAGCCCCUGCACCACCUGAAGGCAGCUAGGCACUCCCCAGCUGAACUGCCCCAUCCCGCUCCUACUUGCGAGCAAGCAGGAGCAUGGCUGGAAUCUCUCAGAAGUGGAGGCUUCGUGCUUCCCCGCCCUGCUCCUGCUUGCGUGCAAGUUGGAGUGGGAUCGGGCAGCUGAGCUGGGGAGUGCCUAGCUGCCUUCUGGUGGUGCAGGGGCUCUCAGAUGCAGCACGAAGCCUCCGCUCCCACACCGCAGGGUGUGUAAAGCCUCAACCUCGCAGCAGCAGCAGCAGCAGGAGGAAAGCGGCUGCUUGGAAACCUCGGCGGCCCACCAACGCAGCAGUGCGCUUCUGAGCGCGUGCAUAGCGCUAUGCCCUCCCCACCCACAACGGAGGCUCCCCAAGGGAAAAUGUGCACCCUGGAGGUUGUGGCUCCAUUCUGCACACCCCCCACACCCUAUCCGAGGCACUUCUACUCAGACACAAGUUGAGCUGAGGACUCGACGCGCUGCCCUUGCCUUCUGCCGGCUCUGUGCUGGGGUGAGGGCUCUGGAGUGCCCCCUCUGGCACGCGUGCCAUAGGUCUGCCACCACCGCCAUAGAGUAAUCCUAGCCUGACCUGGGAUUUGGAGGAAGAACAUGCCUGUGAGUCUUUUGUGGCCGCCCCCCUCGCCUGCCCUCUCUUCUUGCUCACCUGGCAGGAGUCUCUCUUCUUGGCAGCACAUGAUGUCCUGCCCAGACAACUGAAGGAUGUUGCUAAUGCCCUCCUCCAGAUUGGCUGCAGCUUCUCCUGGUCCUCAUCUAGCAAGUAAAGGAAUUUGCUGUUCUGCGGCCUGACAUUUGGCAGUCAGGAGAAAGUUGAGCUCUGCAGCAUCUGCUCCUCUCCUUCUGUUUUGCAGCAUUAUCUGCAGGGUCACGUGGGGCUCCUGUGCUGCGAGCCAAGUGUUGCAACCAGUUGCACAUAAGCUAUUCCUAGGGAAGGGGCUUUUAUAAGAAAAUUGGCACCAACUUCUGCCUCAUGAACCUUAGAGUUGUAAUGGGGGAUGAUCUGACUGUGUGGCUAUAGGAGGGGGAAAUUGCUCCCUGUCUUCCCUUGCAACAAUCAUUGUGUGAAGAAUUGCUUAAAACAGAUGCUUCCCCCCCCCCCGUCCUUUUGUUCUGACAGAAAAAUCGACCCUGGCAACCAUUUCUAAUAGGCGAUCCAUCCGCAUGCCUUAUUGACAUGAGCAGCUCCAGAGGUCAUUGCCUGCAUCCUCCAGGGCAAGCUUUGUGUUCUCUCCUGCUGCUGCUGCUGCCCCAAAAUGCCCUUGGAUAAGCCCACAUCCCAGACUUGCCAUUGGGGGGCUGGUCUCCAGGCUCGCUGGAGAGAGAGGUUUUUCUCCAGGGGGGCAGUUCAAAUGGACUUCAUGCCCAAAGGGAAAGGGGACUCCAAUAAUGCCAAGAAUCUUGGGCUGUGCCUGUACUCUGGAGAUUGCAUUAGAGAUUGCAUUAGCACCAAAGGCAACUAGCACAGCUGGACGGGUCACCAAAGUCUGUAGCAACUAAAGGGAGGGCAGCUGUGGUGGGGGCUUUUCAAGCAAAAGUUGGGUGGCCAUCUGUCAGGGAUGCUUGAGCUGUGCUUCCUGCAUUGCAAGGGGCUGUAGAUGACUCCUGGGAAUCCCUUCCUGCUACACAAUUAUGGAGUUCUAUGAUCUCUUUGAGAAGUGUUCAGCUGAGUGAAGUCUGCAGGAUGAGAAGGGACCUGCCUGCCAUUUUACAGUUGUACUCCCUGUGCUUCCUCAUGAAGGAAGGGAUAAGAUUACUCAGUAGUAAGGGAAAUGCACACUGCAUAUUAUCAUGAACCCAUCCUUCCCCUUGCUUUCUAGGCAGCCUCCCUUUGCUGAAGUUUAAUGGACUCCCUUGGAGUAGACUUGUCAUCCUGAUGGCAUUGUUCUAUGGAAGUGUCAUUUGUCUGGGUGGCAUGUUGGCCGCCAUGGUGUCUUGCCUUCUCUGCCGGCCAUCUUUUGACCUCUCAAUGCAUGAACAUGUCCUGACAAGCAAGCAGGCACAGGGGACCUGCAGCUUUAACCCUCCUUGAAUAAGGAGUUUCCUUGCCAAUACAGGUCUUGCUACAAAAGUCGGGUGCCUCCCCCACUCCCUGCUGAGCUGCAGCAAGAGUCCAUGGGGCUCCAGGUGCUCACCGCGUCUGUGUUCCUUUGGAGAAUUGACACAUGGCAGAGACUGUUGUAGAUUUAAGAACUAUGGCUUAUUCACCUUUUUACACGUCUGCAUGGAGAGAGUCCAGAUCUUACAGCUUGGUCAUUUCAAGAGGAGCUUGUCCCCCAUGGCAGUGCAACCCUGGAGUCCAAGGCAUCUCUCCCAGCCAGCCUGCAGACAACCUGCCCAAGAUGGAUCCCAAUCUUCCUUCCUCCUCCUUCUUCCCAGAACGCAGCUCUGCAGCUUGUACUUUCAUCCAUAUCCCAAUUAAUAAAAAUCCUGCCAUUUAUUAAUUUUUAGGGUUUAGGGGGGCCCCACCCCCCAAAAAAUCUAUAACAAUGUUAUAUAUAUCUUAUUGCAGACAUCUCUAGUAACACUGUUUGAAACAACCUGUUUGAAAAACGCUCCCUUUCUCUUCAGGUCACAUCCUUCAGUAGCCAUGCUUCAUACCCUCCACCAUCAGGGGUUUUCUCCUGGCUCAAAUAUGUCCUUGAAUUCCAUUAAGAACUCUGGACUUCCGGGUCAGCGCCAUCGGUGAAUGGCGGAGUUCCUCCGACCGGAGGAACGGGCUCCGUGGAAACUGGGUCUUCCCACCGCGGCGAAGGUGGGGACCCGCUAGAAAUUCCAGGCGGAGGAAGCCUGGGAACGUGGGGUUCGGCAGGGCACCAGGAGCGCCCCUCCUACUCACUGGGAACCCCAUUUUGGGGCGCUGGAGCGAAGUGGGGUGGAGCGAAGUGGGGUGAGUGGCACGGUGCUGCGAACUGAUUGCUAUUUUCACGGAGUGAAGCCGCACAGCCAUUGCCGGAGAGCGCUGACUUUUUCCUGUGGACAAUUGGAUUUAAAACAAGUACCCGUGAGUAGAAACGGAAAAUUGGAUUAAGAAAUAUCUCAAUUUGGCAUCGAAGCGGGAAGGUUCAAAACAGGAAGUCCGCCUUCCGCUUUUUGUAUAUAGACUAAAGCGAAAACUUUGUAAGCUAAAGCCUGGAAAGCUGUUUAAAAAAGUCUACAUUUCCUUCAUUCAUAGAAUCAUAGAAUCAUAGAGUUGGAAGAGACCACAAGGGCCAUCGAGUCCAACCCCCUGCCAAGCAGGAAACACCAUCAGAGCACUCCUGACAUAUGGUUGUCAAGCCUCUGCUUAAAGACCUCCAAAGAAGGAGACUCCACCACACUCCUUGGCAGCAAAUUCCACUGGCAAACAGCUCUUACUGUCAGGAAGUUCUUCCUAAUGUUUAGGUGGACUCUUCUUUCUUGUAGUUUGGAUCCAUUGCUCCGUGUCCGCUUCUCUGGAGCAGCAGAAAACAACCUUUCUCCCUCCUCUAUGUGACAUCCUUUUAUAUAUUUGAACAUGGCUAUCAUAUCACCCCUUAACCUCCUCUUCUCCAGACUAAACAUGCCCAGCUCCCUUAGCCAUUCCUCAUAAGGCAUCGUUUCCAGACUUGAAUACAUCUAAACUAGCCAAGUAUUAUUGUACUAUCUCCUUAGUUAUUCUGGGCUGUGUUUCCUUUGCUGAAUCAUUUGCUCCAAAUUCUUCAGGUCGGGCAUUGUUUUCUUUAUCGGAGAAGACUGAGGCAAAUAAGGCAUUGAGGAGUUCAGCCCUUUCUGUGUCCCCUGUUUGCAUUUCACCAUCUUCUCCUCUGAGUGACCUCACUGUUUCUUUCUUCUUCCUUUUGCUACGAACAUACCCAUGAAAGCCUUUUUUGUUGCUUUUAACCUCUCUAGCAAGCCUGAGUUCAUUCUGUGCUUUAGCUUUUCUGACUUUGUGUCUACACGUGCUGGCUAUUUGUUUGAAUUCCUCUUUGGUGGUUUCCCCUUUUCCAUUUUUGUACACAUCCUUUUUAAUCUUAACUCAGUUAAAAGUUCUUUAGAUAGCCACCCUGGCUUCUUUAGGCACCUUCCAUGUUUCCGUCUCAUUGGUAUUGCCUGACGUUGUGCUUUUACUAUCUCCCUCUUAACAAACUUCCAGCCAUCAUGAACUCCCUUUCCUUUUAGUAUUACUGUCCAUGGGAUCUCACCCAGCACUUCCCUAAGUUUUAUGAAGUCGGCUUUCUUAAAGUCAAGAAAUUGAGUCCUAGUAUGCUUGGCUGCUCCUUUCCGCUGUAUAGUAAACUUCAGAAGAGCAUGAUCACUCGCGCCUAAUGAUCCUUCCACUUCUACCCCACUAACCACUACCCCACUAACCAAAGUAAUUCAGAAUUACUGAAACCCCCUUGGAAGCAGGAGAAAUGGGGGGGGGGGACUUUGUUCAACCCUAGCAGGAGAGGGAGUGAAGAAGGAUAAGUUUCCACCGUCUCUAACCUGGGAACGGGGUGUCAGAGACAGAAAUUGUUGGAGAGGUUCAUCGACUGUGAAUGGAAUACUUUGACAGAUAGCUAAAGAAGAGAAACAAACUGAUUCCAAUGUUGCCUUUUGCAUUCUAAAGAAACAAAAUAUCUGGAAAAUACCUGAAAAAUGAAAGUAUUUUUCCUUUGUUGGACUUGCCUUUUAAAAAAAAUAGAUACAAACAGAAAUUGUCUCCUCUAGAGGGAGCUUGUUAAAUUGUUGCUGCAGUAUACUUGAGGACUCAACAGCUGUGAGAUUAAGAUCGUGGGACCAGUCUCUUCUGACCUUGACUAAAGAUGAGCUGGGAGGAAGACUGGGUGCUUGCUCUAUGCAAGACAAGUGCUUUGCUGGAACAGAUGCACGAGAAGAUGGAUUUGAUGAAUGAGAAAAUGGAUUUGAUGACUGUUGUGGUUAACAACUGUGGACAAACAGGGAACAUUGAUACAGAAAUCAUUCAGGGACCAACUCAUGAACCUGUACUGUCUGGGCAAGUGCAGAAGAUAAUGGAGGAGGAUGCGGUUGCACCUCAAAUAAUACAAAUGGAGAGACCCGAGGCCCUACAGGAGCAUAAGCCGCUGUCAUUGAAGAUUGAAGUUGGAGUGGGCCAGGGGGCGUUUAGAGCUGAGGAGGUUCCUAACUUUGGAGAGACCUGGAAAUAUGCUUUUAAAUACUUUUUGGAUUAUAUUGAUGACUGUGGGGAGUGGGACUGUGGGGAAUGGGCGGGUUUGAUGAAGAGAGAUGGAGACAAUUUUGGGUUGGAAUUCCCCAGAGACCUAUUCCUCAAUGAGAAAGGAAAGAAAUUAAGAAAGAGACCAACAAAAGACAAGGAAAAGGGCAAGUAUAAACAAGAAGAAGAAGAACUGCAGAAGGGACAUGGAAGAGACUUAAGGGCCUCGGACAUAAGGCUUCCAGGUUGAUGGACUAGAUGGAAUAGACAGUAAGGACUGACACGAUCCGAGACCAGGAAGAAGAGACGUGGGAUGAAGAUUGGAAAAAAAAUUAUAAAUAAAAACUUUCUAUUUAGGGAACUAGCUUAAAAUUAAUGAAUAUUAGGGAAAAUGUUGGAAUGAAACUAUAUGACUCUAGCAGAAAUGAUAUCAGGAGUUAUGUAUAUUUGAAAACUAAGAUUUAAGCUUUAAGGUAUUUUAGGGUAAGAUAAGGUUAAAUAAACUAAGGUAAUUUGAAUAACAGAAUAUGGGGAAAGAUGGAAAGGAUUUGUUGAGCUAAUUAUUAGGUUAAAUUGUUAAGAUAAAUUUUGUAACAAAAAUUGAGAAAGAUGGAAAGAAUUUGCUGAAAUAACUAAUUGAACUAGAAUGCAAGAAGGGAGGUGUGAGGAGGUCAAGGAAACAAGCAAAUGGAAGUUAUAGAUAUGUAAUUUGGGAUUUGUGUUUUUUUUCCUUUUUUUCUUCCUUUCUUCUUUUUAUCUUUUUGCUGUCUGCGUUUUUUCUUCUUUUUUAUGUAUUAUUGUGUUGUUUUUUGUUUUUUCUUUAUUUUCUAUAAUUCUGAAACUACUAAUAAAUAUUAUUUUUUUAAAAAAAGAAUUCCAUUAAGAACUCCUUCCUACCUCCGUGGAGGAGAGAGGUGUGUGUGAGUGUGUAGAAACAAUCCUAUUGUACAAAAGCAAAAUGUAUUAUUAUUAGAAGAAAACAAACCAGUAAGCCCCGCUCCAACAAACACAUUCAAAAGGCCAUAGAAUGUUAAUCAGCCAAAGGCCUGGUUAUAGAGGAACAUUUUUGCCUGGUGCCUAAAGGUGUAUCAUGAAGGCACCAGGCAAGCCUCCCUGAGGAGGGCAUCCCACAAACAUGGAGCCACCACAGAAUAGGCCCAUUCUCCUGUUGCCACCUUCCGGACCUCUCGUGGAGAAGGCACUCAAAGAAAGGCCUCACAUUAUGAUUGCAGAGUCUGGAUCAGUUCAUAUGGAGAGAGGCGGUCCUUGAUGUAUCGUGAUCCUGAGCCAUUAAAGGCUUUAUAGGUCCAAACCUUUAUGUAUCCAAAUUGCUCAUCCACUUCUGCCUCUGGCUCUGCCCUCCAGUGGCCUGUGUUCCCCAGAGGGUUCCCAAGAAGGGAAGGUGCCCCUUUGACUGGAAAAGGUUUGUCACACACCCCUUACAGCUGGGUCCCUUCUCCCAGAGGCUGUCGUCAGAGUGCCCCUGCCAUAGGAAGUCUAGAGUUGAGUUGUGAGAGUCAGUGCCUUCGCCGUUUUUUUACCAGCACCACCCCAUGUGCUCUGAAUGCUUUCCCUGAGAAAGAUCCCUCAGCUCCCAUGUUGUUCUCUCCCCAGAAUCAGGACAAGGUAAUUUUUUCAGUUCUUCCUGUUUUAUGGUUGGAGGUUUCAGCUCUUCUGUUUUUUACUUGUUGGGUCUUAGUUGCUGUUUUUAGCUCCUAUGAAGAAUUUUAGCUCUGGUUUUGUGAUUUUUCAAUAUAUAUGUACUGGCUUGGAUUUUAUGUCUUAUUGAAGGUGUGUGUGUGUGUGUGUGUGUGUGUGUUGCUAUGUUUUAAAUGCAUAUGAAAACCCAUGCAAUACAUCUAGUAGAUAUCAGAAAUGCAAUGUUGUUGUUGUUGUUUAAUCGUUUAGUCGUGUCUGACUCUUCGUGACCCCAUGGACCAGAGCACCCCAGGCACUCCUGUCUUCCACUGCCUCCCACAGUUUGGUCAAACUCAUGCUGGUAGCUUCGAGAACACUGUCCAACCAUCUCAUCCUCUGUUGUCCCCUUCUCCUUGUGCCCUCCAUCUUUCCCAACAUCAGGGUCUUUUCCAGGGAGUCUUCCCUUCUCAUGAGGUGGCCAAAGUCUUGGAGCCUCAGCUUCAGGAUCUGUCCUUCCAGGGAGCACUCAGGGCUGAUUUCCUUCAGAAUGGAUAGGUUUGACCUUCUUGCAGUCUAUGGGACUCUCAAGAGUCUCCUCCAACACCAUAAUUCAAAAAGAAAUGGCAAUACUGACUGCUUAAUUUCACCAUCAGUGACAAACAGUUGCAAAGCAAGAAAACAUGCCUGUGUGUGCGCACACGCGUGCACACACACACGUGCACACACACAGAAGCCAAAUAAGGAAGGGCAUUGCCCUGAGUGUGGGGGAGAGGUAAAAAGUCAAGAAUGUAAAUAACUCAGGCGUAUGAUGAAGGAAAAUACAAGUGAAGGCUGUCUUAUCUAGAUCAGGCAGAAUUGGCUAAGAAUGUAAGAAUCCUGCUGCAUCCAGCCUGUUACCUCUGGGGAGCUUACAGGCCUGGGCCCAAGGGCAAUAGCCUUCCCUGCUGCUGAUCCAUCAACAACCCAUAUUCAGGGGCCUAAGGUUGCUGAUAUUGCAGAUAAUAUGUAGCCCUCAUGGCUGGCAGCUGUUGAUAGCCAUAUCUUCCACAAAUUUCUCUAAUCCCCUUCUAAAUACAUCUUGGUUGGUGCGUAAUCCCAUAUUUUAUGGCAACAAAUUCCAUACUUUAAUUUGGAUGGGGAACCAGACCUGUCCAUCUCUCCUCUACCAAGUGCAGGCCAAAUGUGACAGGUGGGUGCAGUGACUUCAAGUCUGCUUUCUGCAGGGAUUAGCUGUGCAAUUGAGUUCCCUACAUCUGAUGUCACACAGGUAUGGCUCUGGGAAAACAGCCUUGUGGGUCAAACUGGAGCACAUGCUAAGCCACAUCCAGCAUGCGGGCUAGAGGUUCCUCACUCCUUGUUUCACUAGAUGCUAUGUGAAGAAGCACUUCCUUUUGUCCACCCAGAAUCUCCCAAUAUCUCUUCUUCACUGGAUGACCCCAGGCUCUAGAAUUAUGAGAGAAGAAGUUUGCUUUCCUCCUCUUCCUUAUCCACCCUCUUCCCAACAUGGUAGUUUUUCUUUGUAAGAUUAUCCUACAAUCAGAAUGUUAGCAGGUUGCAUGUGGGGGCUGAGGAAUGUGAUUGUUUUGUGACAUGUUUUGAGAGCCUGGUUUUGUGCGCAGGUGUUGUGCUCAGUGGAGCAAUCCGUGGUGCUGUUUUGCCCCUCCAAAAGAGCUGUUCCAGUUAUGCAUUUCCCUAAAGUCAAGCAGUGUGCUGCUGACACUUUCUUUUGUAGUUGCUUAGCCCUGAGAAGGUGAGGUUGUGGCUUCAGAUGUCACAUCGCAGGAGAGAGGAUGUCAGCAUUUGUAUCAAAUCAGUUGCCAGAGGCAGGACAUUAGCCACUACCUGGACUGCAGGACUCAGAACCGCACCGGCGGUUCCGCACCGACCAAGUUACUGGGAAUGGCAACCAAGUUGUGCUCAGGUCCUGCUUGCAGAGUUCCCAGGCAGUGCUGGAUUAAACCCUGUGGAGACCCCAUGACAGUUGAAAUCUUGCCCCCCGCCCAGUGGGAUAACAUUGAACUAAGAAAGCUUGAAUGUAAUUUUCCCCCAAGAUCAAAUCAAUAUUAUUUUGAUUUGGUAAAUUGGUAAAUUUACCAAUACUAUUUGGUAAUCUGGCACUGUUCCCAGGGGCAUCUGGCUGGACAGAGUGCUGGUCUGGAAAGGCCUUUGGUCUGAUCCUGCAAGGCUGGUUGGUUGGCAUCUGUCUGUCUCCAUUGGAGACAAGGGAGGUCAAGUCAAGCUGUUGGGAGGUUGCAGCGCCUGCUGUGGCUGCAGAGACGCAUGAGAGGCAUGCUUUGCUGCAGUUGUGCUGCUGCAGACGCACCCGGGCGUUUCUUCGCUCUGCUUCCUGCCAGUGGUGCGGAUGCCGGGCCUGACUGACUGUCUCCAGGCAGCCCUGGAUUUAGGGUGGUGUGGGAAGUUCCCCCGCACACGGUGCCGAACUGAGGGGGCACAAAAUCGAGCAGACCAAUUUGGGGGUGCCCAAGAUAUUCGUGCGUGCUCCGGGAGCUGCGCUCGUCUGCCAAGGCUCGCCCCUUGUCUCCGGCCCUGCCUCUCCGUCUCCGUGGCGCCGGUGCGGCUGAUGGCGACUCCUAUCCUCUCCCGGCGACCAGCCCGCAGCCCGUGCUGCUCCCUCGUGAAUGCGCCUCCGCAGCCCCGCCAGACGUGGCGGGUUCGGGGCACCUGCCCGUCUUCCUCCCCGGGCCCGCUGGAUGGCCGAGCGUAACGUGCGAAGCGGCCGUGCGCGGGCAGGCGGGGCGAGCUCGCCGGGGCGGCGCUCGGGCGGCUUCUGCUCCGGAUUGGGCGCGCUCCUCCCGCGCGGCGGCGGCGGCGGCGAGUCCCCGCUGGGGCGCCCGGAGCGGGCGCGGCAAUGGGCUGAGCGAGCGCGGCCGGUCCGCGGAGGCUCCUCUGGCGCGGCUCCUGGGCCCGAUCCCUCCCCGGCGGCGGCGGCGGCGGCGAGCGAGGGAGGGAGGCGGCGAGCCGGGCGGAGGCGGCGCGCAGAAGCGGAAAGCCGCGCUCACGCUGGAGCCCGUCGGCGCCGGAUCCGCGCCUUCCUGCCGGCGCCUCUGGGCCGCCCCUCCAUUUUGAAGGCAGCCUCGUCCCCAUGGCGUUCAGCCUCGUCGUGGCAGCUGCUGUCGCCCGUGCAGUGGGCCAAGUGGACGUGGUCGGCCGUGCGCGGCGGCGGCGGCGCGGCGGGGCCCGAGCAGGACGGCCUCGCCGGGGCGGACGGGCAGGGGCAGCCCGAGGACGACGACGAGGACGCGCAGGCGGACACCAAGUCGCUGAGUCUCAGGCAAGGCGGGCGCCCUCGGGGUUCGACGGGGCCGUUUCACACGAGACGCGCCGGGCGCAGCUCGGGGCGCGGGCGGGCGGGCUGCGCGCCGGAGGGGCGCCUCGUGGGUCCCCGGCGCCGCUCUGCCCAGGCCGGGCUUCCCCGUGGCGCCGGGGGCCAGUCCGGCCGCGGGGAUCGGCAAAUGCACGUCGGAACGGCCUCGGUGGGAAGGCCCAUCUUCAUGUGCAGGGCAUCCUCUGCCAUGCUGGGUGCGUGUGUGAAUUAGCCCAGAUCGGGCAUCCGUGAGGAGCAAACCUCUGUUUUAGACCUGAUUGCCACAUCCAUCCACAGCGUAUGCGCAGCUAAAACCGUGCUAGAUGCCUAUUUUGUUUCUUGAAUGAAGUGUUCAAAGAAGCUGGGUCUUAGUCCUUCCACCACUUUUUGACUAUCUUUACUGUGCCUGGAAGAGAAAUACCCAGUGGAGAUGUGUCUCUGAGUAAAGGCAAAAUGUCUUUACUUACCGUAGCGGUUGUAUUCGGGGCUCCAUAGGUGAGCCCCCUUCUCCUCUUGCAGCCGGUUCUCAGGCCUGCCUUCUGUGGCUACUCUGUGAUAAGAGGAAUGCUCUCCGCAUUUGGUGCUGCUUCUCAGGGAGAUUUCAGAGAGGUCAGGGUUUCUAGGUCAAACUUUUUUGGCAGCAUUAAUUUCCAGGAAGUAACUGCAGGGCUUAACUCUCCCUGGACCUCACUUCAUCUCUUGGAGGUAAAUGUUCUUACUUCUAAUACCAGAUGCUUCUAACACAUGCUCAGAGGCACUCCCUGGGCUGUAUGCUGCUGUAGAAAACUGGUUGUGGGAGGACAGCCUUACAAAGCGAGGCUCAGCCAAAGUCCUACCUAUAAGCAGGUGAAGCAGCAGCCUCAAUUCAUCCGGCAAUGAGGCAAGGUGGGAGUCUGCCUGAGUGACAUUCCAUAGGCAGGGUGUGAACCACCUCCCUCCCUCUAUCCCAGAUUUCUGUUGGGGUUGCUAGUGCUUGCUCUGGAGAGCGAAGGCACUUGACACAUGCUUUUAAGGCCAAAUUCUUUAUCACGGUUUCACAAUUUCCAUGCCUGAGCCCUGGCACAAAAACUGGGUCUUGGGUUUUGCUUUACUUCUUAAUGUAUGAUGAAUUAAUACUGUGAAAUGCAGCCCUCUCCCAGUUUGCUGGGGGCCACUGACCAGGGAGUCAUGCCUAGUUUGCAACUCCCUGCAGGGUGACCCCCAAGCAGUUGCAGAACUACAGUUUCCUAUCCUGUUUUCUGUUACGGGUUAGCAAGUGGCAGCCCUAGGGCUGAAUCUGGCCCUCUGAGGCAGCAGUGGGGCUUGCUGGCUCUCUGAUUUGGAGGGUUGCCCUGAACCCUCCUGCUCAGAAUCGCUGCCCAGUGAAACUAGAUGAGCAACCAGGGCAGGGAUGGAGAACUUGGGGUCCUCCAGACUUUGUUGGGCCGCAACUCCCAACGUAUUUGGCUAUGCUGACUGGAGCUGAUGGGAGGUGGAGUCCAAGAACAUCUGGAGGGUUGCAGGUUCCCCAUCUGUGGUCUGCUUCAACAGCUAUUAGCUCUGUGUUAUGGAGAAAGGGUCCCAUCAGCAGAAGCCUGAGCAAGGACUUCUGCUUGCUCAAGGGGUCUUCACCCCACAUGCAUCCCCUGCGCUCCCUAAAAUUGGCUCUGAGGAGGCCAGAGAACCCCAGAAGCAUGCACGGGUGGAAGAGAGGCCAGCAGAAAUAUUUGCCCUGAUCAACACUCUGCAAUAUUGAAUUCCUCCCUGAACCUCCAUAUGCAGAGACAGUUAUGCUUCAAGUACUAGACAUAGGCAGUAAACCAUGGGGAAGGGUUGGGGAACCUUGAUCCCAGGGGCUAAAUUUGACCCUCCAGUCUUCUCCACCUGGUCCUUGGCCUCUCCUCAGGAAGCACCCCUCACUGGCUUGACCAGGGACUCUUUUUGCCUGUACGAAGUUUGCAUUCAUUGCUCCUCCCACUUUUGCCUCUGGCCCUGCGGGCCACUGGCAUGUGGCCCUCACAAGGUUACUCAGAAGGAAAUGUGGCCUUUGGACUGAAAAAGCUUCCCAACCCCUGCCAUGGUGGGGAUGCUCUGCUAUGUGUGUUGGAGCAUGCAUGUGCUGAGAACAGCCCCAUGGCUGUCAGGGACGCCAUGAAGUCCUGAGCCAGCUCAUUUUGGCCACCUCGGCUUGGAUAUUGAAGUCCCCCAAUACCACCAUGUGAGUGAGUGGAUCCCCCAUGGGCACCAUUGGUGAGUUUUCUCCCUGUGCAAACCCUACUGGCUGUUUGCCUUUUAAGAACAUGUGUCUGUUAACUGCAAAACUCAUAAUGACAUUGUGCAUCGUUUGGCCAUGACAUAGACGGUAUUUUGUCUGAUUCAUCAGAAGUCUCAGUAAGAGAAAUUCUGAGUGCCUGGCAAUGGCCGGGAAGGUUUGUUGAAACCCUACUUGAGAAGAUGUUCAGAGCUGGGCUGGGAGGAGUGGCUAAUUUGUCCUUCUCUUCCCUCUCCUUGUCUGCAGUUCAGAUUCAGAAGGCCAUUUUGGGACUCCUGAGGCAGAGACCCCAGUCCGCUCGCUGGGAAAGGAGCUGGAGGAACCAUCCCUGCACCUGUUGGAGCCUGAGACUGAGCCCCAAGGUAAAGAGGCAUGGAGGUUCCUUUUUGCACCUUUUCAAUGGAGUUAGAAGAUGCCGUUUGAUGCACAGGUGCCUCUUGUGCAGGCAGACUUGAUGGUCUUUCAGACCCCUCUGUGAAGACCAAGGUUGCAGAUCAUCUCUGUUUGGCUGCUUUGGGAAACAGGAUGCUUGGCUGCAGCCAUGUCUAGCAGACAACAAUUGUGCAUCAGCAUCUUGGUUUGUGUCUGUCAGUUUCUAUAAAUAGGUGAUGGCCACCCCUCAGUCCCUCUGGGUUGUGUGCCGUCUGAGGGAAGGAUGUCAUUUCUCAGGGGUCUCCCUGAAGUCUCUUAAGGCAACCUGCUAUGAUAGCUUCUAGAGGUGAGAUGCUCCGCCACUGAGCAGGCUUCUGUUAGAAUGAACAUCUUCGGAUGCUUCAAGAUGACCUGCUUAUUGGGCCUUCAUUCUGAUUUGCUUGCGGGAAGGUUUGUGUCCAAGCAAGUGCUAUCUUGCACUUCCUAAUGUGUUCUUCUGUCACUUUUCUGAUCUGUUGGGGAAGUGUGUUUGUUGCACAAGAUCUCUUAAUCGGCUUCUGUUUCACAACCUGAAUUUGCUGUUACGUGAAUCCCACCUGAAAAUAGUAAGCAUUCUUGGAGGCACCUUUCAUUGAUUUUUUUUUUCUAUUUUCUUUUUGCUGUAACCAACUAAAACUCUUCCCCUCCAGGAGUUCCUCAGCAGCAUGCAGUUCCAGAGCCUUGGCCUGGAAUAGUGCAAAGGCUCCUAGCAUGUUCAAGGUGCAGCUCUUGGAAAGGCAGCUCUUUGCUUCCCCCUCCCCAUAGUCUAUUGGGACCAGUUUUGGGCUCGGGGGGCUGAACCCUGUGACCAUGAGGUGGGAAGCUCAGGCAGAGAAGCCUGGCAGCUGAGCUCUAGAAGGCAAAAAAUCAUUGCAUCUGCUUUGAUCUGCCCAUGCUGGAAAGUGGAAGAAACACUUUUUUGCUAUUGUGAGUUAGAAUUUGUAACAGUUCAUUCAUAACAAUUUGUGAAUUUCCAAUUGAUCUUCCAUAAAUUUUCCCAUUGGGCCAUGGUUAUUGAAUGGCCAAAAUCCUGGGACCACCUCACCAUUGCCACUGUUACCUCCUCCUGGACAGUCAAGGAGGAGUCGAUACAUUUUGGAAAGAGUUUUUCUUUUAGAAUUUAUAAGAUCAGAUUCGAAUCGGGAAAUUUCUGUUGAGAACCCCUUUUGUUUGUCAGAUUUAAAUUUUUCAAAUAACUGAUGGUAUUGGAACCAGUCUGAGAUGUGUUCUCUCAUUUCCUCAAAGUUUUUUAAUUUUAUUUGGUUAUCUUCAUUUUUUAGAAGUGUUUUAUAUGUUGGCCAGCUUUCCUGAGUAUUUUUCCGUUUUACUGCUACGGCCUCUAUUGGAGAAGUCCACCACGGGACUUUAGGCUCCAUCAGGUCUUUAUAUUUUUCCCAUACAGCAAAGAGUGAUUUUCUUAUUAUAUGGUUGGUAAUUUUUAAAUGAAUUUUCGCCUUUCCAUAUAUCAGGUAGGCGUGCCAUCCCCAGCGGUUGUCAAAACCUUCUAGGUCCAGGAGGUCCGGAUCCUGCAACGUGCACCAAUCUUUUAGCCAGGUGAAACAGUUGCCCCCUCUCAAUGUAGCCUUCCCCCAAAUAGUCUAGCCGUGCUGCGCCUUCUGCGUGUUCCAGGUGCAUCCUGAAUAUGGAUGCUGCAGCAGUCUGGAACAUGAUAGCUCUUUACCUUAGCUCUGGGGCAGCUUUAAUCCUUAUUGGUGACGCUGCUAAUGUUAAAAAGAGAUUUUUGUGUCUCACAAAAUGGCCAGGGACUUCCCCUUGGUUGUGGCAGUUGCACUCCCAUUAUUGUUGUGAGCGCCUAGUAUCUUUCCAUUGUUCUCUCAUGCCUCACUGACAUUUCUCUACUUCCUCCUGGACUCCCCACUGCUCUCUGCAACACCACAAUCCUUUUUCCCCCCUGAGGAAGUGACACUUCCUGCCUGCAAGGUUCUGAUUGCUUAAUUCCACCCCUUUUGAAAAGGCUUCUUGUGGCCGUUGAGGGUGCUUUGAUCCUCUGACAUCCUUCCAGCAAAUGUAUUGAGAGAGGCAGCCUGGUAGAGAAGCUGCCUGGUUUCAUGGCAUAUGCAUCUCUGCCAAGGGAGAGAGGAAAGAGGCCACUUGCUGCAGUUUCUACUGAUGGGCAAUGGGGUGGGGGGAGAAGGACAUUUCAGGGCAUCCCACUGUCCCCAUCUGAAAACUCUUGGUUAGUGCCCAAAGAAAUGUAGGUGACCUGGUUUACUCUGCCUGCAGCGAUAUUUAGCCAGUGGGUGUUUUGAUGUAUUGCAGCUUGCAAAUCCUGUGCUUUUUAAAAGGGCUAUAUUUGGAAGAGCCCACCUAGUCCUACAUCCUGUUCUCAGGAUGGGCUGGGGUGGGGGAACCAGAUGCCUGUGGGAAGCCCAUAUGCCAGAUCUGAGUCUAGCAGCAACUUACGAUUCUCAACCUAAGCUCAGCAUUCAGAGCCAUUUUGCUUCAGACCUUGGAGGUAAAAGAUAGCCAGUGUGGCCAUUAGCCUUUGCCUUAUUCUGUGCCUGCAGAAUUCUAGGGGCAACCUGCUAUUUCUGGAAGAGUUUGCGUUCCUGGGAACUUCAGAACUUCUUUCAAAAGCAGAAGAAAGUUACUGGUUCUCAUGGCUGCAGCCUGAUAGCAAUACUUUGUUUUUAUCCAGCAUUUCACCUAAAGCAUUCACCCCCCCCACCCCCCGGUGCAUUAUCUUAAUACUGUGCUUAAUGUUGCAAGAUGGGCCAGUAUUAUCGCACCUGCAUUGUAUUGGGACUGAGAAAAUGUGGCUUGUCUAGGGCUGCUACUGGGUCGUGUGCAGCGGACACUGAAUUUUGUUGAGUUGACAGAGUGGCUGAUAUCCAAAGUCCUGCUCCUGGGAAGGCUGUCUUUCAGCUCUGUUUGGUUGACAGCUGGCUGUGCUGGGCCAGGAAGGAUGGUGCACAUCCAUCUCAGCUAGUGACCAUCCCUACAUUCUUUGGAAGAGAAAUAUGUAUUUGUAUCUGUUGUUGUUUAGCCAUCUUGGGUAAGGCAUGUGGUAAGGCAGGAUGCAAAUGUUCACACAUUAUAAUAAGUUAAUUGCAUGUUAUUGGAACAAGUACUUUUUAAACCCCACCUGAGCCAACUGCCAAGGCCUGCUGUUGUGAGAGGAAAAAACUCCACACAUUCUUGGUGGUUGAAGUGUUUUGCUCCAACCUGGGAGAAGGGGGUUUAAAUCUCUCCUCAGCUCACUGGGUGACCUUGGACCAGUCAACCUAACCCCCCCCCCCCCCGGGUUGUCAUGAGGAGGAGCUCAUUGGAGGAAAAGCAGGAUAGAAAUGCCAGGAAGAAGAAAGUUAUGAGGUCCAACUGCAGUGCCUCCUUUGGGUGCUGUGAAUAAGCCACUGGCCCCCAUCACGGGAGAUGAGAGGUGUGGAGUUGUUGUUGCUAUUUGGGAGGGAAUUGCGAGACUUUUUGACCUUGUUUAGGCAUUGUAGGAGUAGGUACCAUAUAGACUGCCUAAGAGUUGUUGUUUGGACUGAAGCCUGCUUUUUUCUUUGAGCAUAUAAGGAAAGGUCUUGGCUAGUUAAGGAGGUCUUGGCCAGUGAUGGCGCUCAGUCUCCCUCCCUCCCUUUCUCUCCCCGCCCCCAAAACUCUCUGGAGCCAGAUCUGAUUUAAUGGCUGUUUGGGAGGAAGAGAGAAAACCGUUUCUCCCUCUCAGCUGAGGUUGACUCAGCACCAAGUCACAGAAACCACAAUGUGUUGUUGUUUUUUUAAAAAAAGAAGAAUCAGUAUUUGGACUCUUCCCUGAUUGAGUGUGCGUAAGAGUGCAAGGAGGGUCCUGCUGGGUUGGUCCAAGAGUCUGCCUUGUCAGCAUCCCAUUUCCCACAGCAGCCAGUGAGGUGCCUGCAGGAAACCCACCCGCAGGGCUUGGCAACUACAGCCCCACCUCUCUGCUUUGGCAUACUGCCAUCAUAACUUGCAGCCUCCAUCUCAUCUGCUUCUCAAAGCUGUUUCAAGCUGGAGGCCAUCACUGCCUCUUGUAGCAGAGAAUCCCAGAGUUCAGUUGGGUGCUGUGUGAAGAAGGCCUUCCUUCUGCCUGUCCUGAACCUCCCUUGUGUCCUAGUGUUACGCAAGAGGGAGGAAAAUGUGUCUCUGCUGUUUCCAAGCCAUGCAUACUUUUAGAAACCUGUAAGUAGGGGCCUGAUUUCACCUUCAUAGGCAAAUCAUGGGAUCUAUGGAUCCAUCUUUUCCUGUCCUUAGCUGCACUUCUUCUUACUGCUUAUAUCACAGCAGGUUGAGCCUUGGCACUGUGAAUAGGUUCAAGAGCUCAUCUCUGAAAGGAAGAAUUUAGCCGUUCAAGGGUGCAGCAGUUCCUCCUUCCUCUCCACUCCAUUGCACAAGACCUGCUUGCUGGGUGAACUGUGCCUGCCAGUUUGGAGAUCUCAGUAGACUGACUUUCAGAAUUAUCCAGUCAGGCUCCACCUAUUAAAGCAAUGGUAUUUGAGGCUGGCCAAACAUCACACAAUGGUGCCCUUCUCAGCAAAUCCUCAAUCCUCCUUCCCAAAGUAUGUGCUUGGAACAAAUUGUGUCAAUGAAGGGAGUUUGUGUGCUUCUGCACAAGUGAUCCCCAUUGCAAGGUUCUGGUUUGGAUAAUUCACAGUAUUGCUGGGAGACGGAGGGAGGAAGGCAGACAGAGGAUCUAUAGAGGUGCUCAGGAUAGAAGGAGCCCUGAAAACGCCUGCAAAAGGUUUUAUUUGGCAACCUAUGCAAGUUCAGAAUUUCUCUGCAGCUGCAAAAUACAUUGUUAUUUAUAAAGAGAAAGGAAAUUGAGAUUCCAAGGAAAUUAUGUUCAGCAUUUUAUUCCAGAUUUUGACAGUUUACACACACACACCCAUUUCUUUCAACAGGGCUUGCAAAAGAUAUUUUGGAUGGGUGGUGCCCUGUGGCGUAGCGUGGGUUGUCAGCACCCGGGGCAAGGCAAGUAAUUUGCGCCCCCUAACCCGUGGAUUUGCGCCCCCUAACCCUAACCCCCAGAUGUUGCGCCCGGUGCGGCCGCCCCCCCUGCACCCCCCACGCUACGCCACUGGUGGUGCCAGAAGUGGGGAGGAUUUGCUACCUUGGACGCCCAAAUGUUUUCCCUUAGCCCUGUAUUCUGCAAAUGGACAGAUGCAUGGCAUGCAAAUGGUUUUGGGUACUGUACUUUUGAUUGCUGCUAUGAGGCCUGGCAGCCUCUAUUUCUGCUGGAGCUUGACUAAUACAUCCAUUGAAAUUCUCUUGACCUGAAUGGCUUUGCUAGAUUCCCAGAAGGCCAAGAGAAGCAUGUUUUCUGCAGGUAGCACAUGCCGUUUGUGCAAGCGACCUGCUGCCAAAGAGGUAGGGAGCUGUAAAAAUACAAAUAAAAUGUACUAACUAGGGUAUCUGUUUCAUUUAACACACACUUGUCAGUGGCUAAAUAACAGAGGUGCCAUUCCACAGCGAUUAAAGGGUUUUCUCUUAUGCACCUGUUGUAUGUGAGGCCUUCAAGCAGCCACACUCCUAAGUGGAGGGGCAACCCCACUGCCACACAUUUUUCUCUUUUGAUGCCUCUGCCCUGCCACUUUAAUUUGGCUGAUCCCGGUGCUAAGCUGGGCGACCUUUGGUGCUGAACCACAACUCCCAUCAGUCCCAGUAAGCAGGACCAAUGGUCAGGGAUGGUGGGAGUUGUAGCUGAGCAAUGUCUGGAGUGCCAAUGAUUCCCUACACCUGAGCACAAGCAGGUUGGUUUGGGCUCAUUCCAUAAGGACCAGAAACUUCAUUUUAAAAGAAGAAAGCUGAGAUUCUCCACAAAUGGAACCCUGCACAGCUUUCCAGCACACAGGUCUCCAAAGCUGCCCACUUUCAGGCUGGCAAGGCAACUGUGUGUUUUCUCUGAAACCACCAUGUUCAGAAGUGACCUAUAUAAUUUUUGUGUACCUGCUGAUUCAGAAUAAUUGCAAGUCUUUGUUUCUCCAUGCAAUUGGGAGAAUUUAGCAGGCAGACAUGGCAGGAUUCCCUUCUCUGCAUGGUGUGUAUGUGUGCAUAGAUCACUAAUUUACAAACAUAGCUACCUCUCAGGAUCUCUGGCUGUGGUCACCCAUGUCACCCACCCAGGACGCAUGGUGCAGCAACAAAACUGCUAGCAGAUUUGCAAAGCUAAACAGGGUCUGGUCUGGUUUCAAAUUGGACAGAAGACUGUGUGUUGAGAUUCCUGCAUUGCAUGGGGUGGGACUAGAUGCCCCUUGGGGUCCCUUCCAAUCGAUCACUCUCAUUACCUCAUCCACAUUACCUGCUCCUUUUUUAUGGCAAGGCUGGGGGUUGAGCCUGGACCCCUUCUGCAUGCAGAGGUGGUGUUCUCCCACUUGGGAGUCCUAGUCGCUUGUUCUCUCCCCUCCAGCCACAGAUUCCACCAAAUGAGAGGACCCCCCCCCCCAUCUCAGUCAGCAUGCCUGCAGUCCUUGAAGUGCAAUGGACUGAGCACCAGUAGCUGGGAGCCUUCUGUAAUUCAGUGGGCCUCUUGCUGCUUACAUUCAGCCCCCAAGAUAGAGUGGUACCUUGGUUCUCGAACGCCUUAGUAGUCGAACAACUUGGAACCCAAAUGCUGCAAACUGGAAAUAAAUUUGUGAACUUUUUUCAGAAGCCGAACAUGCUUUGUUUUGAGUGCCACACUUCUGUUUUGAGUGUCAUGCGCCGGUGGUUGUAACCGACAGUAGUAACCAUCAGGGCAAGGGAAGAACAGCCCCCCCCCACCUGCACCACUCGCACCACCUGAGAAUUCAAAGCUUCCCCUUGUCGCCCUCUCAGCUGCCCUCUGCCCCGCUCACUGUGUCCUGCUGUCAGGGCGAGGGAAAAGAUGCCCAGUGGUGCCAGCACUGAGUGAGGGAAGGCUGGGCUGGGCUGCAAGUGAGUGGGCAAGGGUUGUCGCCGCACCUCCCAGCACUGGGUCCCUCCGCCACUGCUGCAGCAGCAACCCCCACCCCCUGCAGCUCCUGCUGCCUCUGCCCUCCUCCGGUUCAAGGUGUUGCCCGCGGCUGCCGCUCCAGCCCCCAGAGCAACACCAAGCAGCUCAGCCCCAUCACUGCCUGCCUCUGCUUCCUCACAGGGUGCGGGACGGCGUGGCCAGAUGCAGCCCCGCUGCUGCAGUGUGAGUUCUGCUUGUGCCAGCCCUGAAGAAAGGGGGCUGGGGGUGGGGGAAGGGAUCCAGAAGGGCUGGCGGGGCAGGGAGAGAGCUGCUUUGGGGGAGGGGUCAUUCCACACCAAAUCACCUAAUUUUAAUACUCGACCGUGCUCUCACGACAUUUUUAAAGUAAAAAAUAAAUACAUACUUUUUCUUUUUUUUUUGCUGAUUCAGAAAGGUCAUAUUGCAUGCAGUGGUCAAAACAGCAUCUUUGACCAUAUUCCAUGUAUGGAAAACAAAGUAGCUUUGACCAUAACAUUGCAGAAGUGUUUUACACAAUAAAAUGAACAAGGGCUCUGAGACGUGUUUUGUUUUUAUUAAAUAAUCAAUAAAACUUAAUUUAAAAAAUAUAUCAGAUGACAUUGUAAGAGGGUACAAUUUUAACUAUUCUCAUGAAUGUGUGAGUUAUUUCAGGCUCAAAGAGACCUUAAAACCUGUACCCCCCCCCAAAAAAAAUUGUAAAUCAAUUUAUUUUAUAACGACAAAAAACACCCUGCUUAUUUGUAAAACAUAACAAGUACAUGGUUAGCCCAUUCAACAAAAAAAGGAUGAUACAUGUGUUAGUUGUGGUUUGCGCGCUAUGACUUAUCAAACCUACCAGGAAUAAAAUGAGAAAAAUUCACUUUGAAUGGUUGAUGACCCUUUUCUGUGGCACUUAAUACCAUUUUUAUACCUUUUUUUGAAAGAGACCACAAUUAGCUUUAUUUUGAUACCAAAAUAAGCCCAAUUGGUCGAAAAAUAACGAAAUAGCAGCUUUUUCCUUCACUGACGCAGAAAUUAAAGGUAAAGGUAAAGGUACCCCUGCCCAUACGGGCCAGUCUUGCCAGACUCUAGGGUUGUGCGCUCAUCUCACUCUAGAGGCCAGGAGCCAGCGCUGUCCGCAGACACUUCCGGGUCAUGUGGCCAGCGUGACAAGCUGCAUCUGGCGAGCCAGCGCAGCACACGGAACGCCGUUUACCUUCCCGCUAGUAAGCGGUCCCUAUUUAUCUACUUGCACCCGAAGGUGCUUUCGAACUGCUAGGUUGGCAGGCGCUGGGACCGAGCGACGGGAGCGCACCCCGCUGCGGGGAUUCGAACAGCCGACCUUUCGAUCAGCAAGUCCUAGGCGCUGAGGCUUUAACCCACAGCGCCACCCGCGUCCCACAACGCAGAAAUUGCAUUAGCCUAAAUCAUGUGAAAAUCGAAAUUUAAAAAAAAAUUCUCCUGCGCCCAAUUUUGGACCAAAAAAUCUUUAAAAAUUAAUUUGUGGUUAUCUCAUAGGUAUCUACACAUAAAAUUAUUUUGAAGAAAACCUGAGUCGUGAAAGCACAUGGCACCAGGUAAUUUGGCGUGGAAUGACCCAGAGAGAGAGAGCGCUGCUUUAGUGGGGAGAGAGAGAAUUUAUUUAUUUAUUUAUUUAUUUAUUUAUACAUACAUACAUACAUACAUACAUACAUACAUACCCUGCCCAUCUGGCUGGGUUUUCCCAGCCACUCUGGGUGGCUCCCAAUCAAAUAUUAAAAAUACAAUACAGUCAUUUGCUUCAGGAUGCGAAUGGGCCUCUGGAACGGAUCCCGUUCGCAUCCUGAGGUACCACUGUACAGCGUUAAAAAUAUAAUACAGAAAGGGCUGGCUUGGGGGAAGAGAGCUGCUUGGGGGGGGGAGAACUGCUUUAGGUAGGGAGAGGAAGGGCUGGCUUGGGGGGUGGGGGAGAACUUUUGCCUCCCUUUCCUUCCCCACUGCGUAAACCCCCCCCCCUCGUGUCCAGUUAGCCACCUGCUUCCACACACGCAUCCUGCAUGCACUCCUCAUCCCUGCAAUGACAAUUGGUCACUGCCAAUUUUUGAUACUGCCAGAAAGGUUGUUUUCAGCUGCUCCAGAGAAGCGGACACGGAGCAAUGGAUCCAAACUACAAGAAAGAAGAUUCCACCUAAACAUUAGGAAGAACUUCCUGACAGUAAGAGCUGUUUGACAGUGGAAUUUGCUGCCAAGGAGUGUGGUGGAGUCUCCUUCUUUGGAGGUCUUUAAGCAGAGGCUUGACAACCAUAUGUCAGGAGUGCUCUGGUGGUGUUUCCUGCUUGGCAGGGGGUUGGACUCGAUGGCCCUUGUGGUCUCUUCCAACUCUAUGAUUCUGUGAUACUGGGUAGAUCGUAGUUUAUUUGAAGUUGGUUUAUUGCUUUCAUUUUAUGGAUCAAUGGUCUCAUUAGAUAGUAAAAUUCAUGUUGAAUUGCUGUUUUAGGCGUUGUUUUUAAAAGUGGAACAGAUUAAUUCAUUUUGCAUUACUUUCUAUUGCAAACCAUGCCUUGGUUUUGGAACGCUUUGGUUUUGGAACAGACUUCUGGAACGGAUUAAGUUUGAGAACCAAGGUACCACUGUACUGAAGGCUGCAGGAAGGAGACGUGCAGGAGGGUCUGAGGGGCUUGCACACCCCUCUUCCUAUGCAAUUGUAAUUGUGUGUGGCAAGUGAGGAAGCAGGGGAAGGGUUAUUCCACCACUUCUCUGGAUUAUUCAGUAACUCCUGAAGCAACACAAUUUGCUGCCCUUGGGGGAUGCUGACCUGCUCUGUCUCUGCAUGAGUCCUGGAGGUAUGGAAUGCUUCAUUCAGAGCCAGUGGAUGGCUCUGUAGUUGGAUAGUUCAUUAUAUUCAUUGCCAUGAUCCUACACUUUGUCGAAGGGAAACUCCCCUCUGGAGUAGAAAUCAUAUAUCUCUUUAAUUUGAGCAGGCUGAAAGCAAAGAGUAAGGCUACUGUAACUUCCAUCAUAGAGCUGUGCACACACACAGUGUGCACGCAUAGUGUGCGCACGCACAAAAGAUUACCUCCAAACCAUCCUAAAUAUCUUCGCAGAAGCUUACGAAAAGCUUGGCCUAUCCGCUCAACAUCCCAAAAACCAAAGUGCUGCACCAACAAGCACAAAAUAGCCCCUCUGCAGUGCCACAAAUACAACUUAAUGGUGUAACAUUGGAAAAUGUCAAUCACUUUUCCUACCUGGGCAGUUAUCUUUCCAUGAGGGCCGAAAUCCAGCAUUGCCUGAGCUCUGCGAGUGCAGCUUUCUUCCGAUUUAAGGGCAGAGUGUUUGAGGACUAGGACAUUCGCAGGCAAACGAAAAUGCUUGUUUACCUUCCCACCGGAGCAGUACCUAUUUAUCUACUUGCACUUUGACGUACUUUCAAACCGCUAGGUUGGCAGGAGCUGGGACCAAGCAACAGGAGCUUACCCCAUCACGGGGAUUCGAACUGCCGACCUUCUGAUCGGCAAGUCCUAGGCUCAGUGGUUUAGACCACAGUGCCACCAACAAUUGGGAAAUACUGGCCUGCAAGCACUCCAGUUGGAUAACAGACUUUAGCAAAGGUGUCAUGGGUUUUGAAGAUGCUUGAACUCAGGAGGAAAGGGAGAAAUGUGCUAAAAGGGAGGCACACUUGGCAAACCCUCACCAUAAUCAACUCCUGCCUGGAAACCUAUGUGAUCGCCAAAGAAGGCUAGUUCUUAGCUGCUCCAAGCUCAGAAAGCAAGUAUUUCAAGAUAUAAGUCAUUAUGUAGGAAGCACUGGCCUAGAUAGCUGGAAUAGGGAGCAAGAGAGAAAGGAGCAAAGAUUUGGACAGGGUGGCAACAAAAGUCAGUACCUAAAGAGCAGCCCUAUGGGAUUAGAUCCGAGUGCCUUUAGUCUGGCAUCCCAUUGUGCAAAGUGGCCCCAAAGAUGCCUCUGGGAAGCCCACCAGCAGCACAGGAGCACAAUAGCAGACUCCUGUUCACAAUCCCUAGCAGCUGAUAUUCAGUGGCAUGCUUCUCCUGAGCCCAAAGGUCACAUAGAGCUCUCAUGGUCUCAUCCAGGGCUUCCCAAACAGGAGUGUAUGGACCACCCGUUGUCUGCGAGCUACAUGCAGGUCAUCUAUGGCUUAUCUGUGGGAGCAGCAGCUGCUUUUGCUGCUCUUAGAACCUGGUGGUCCAUCUGGAACAGGGUGGUCCAAUGUGUGGCCCUCCAGGCCUUUUCGGGUGGCCCUUGGCAACAUUUGACACCCUCUCCAGGCCUUGUGCUGCCUUCCCAAGGCCCAGUACGUGAGGGGCUUUGGGAAGGAAGCUUGAGGGCUCUGACAGAGUCCUCCUUCGCAAAGAUGAGUUUGUGCUUUCCCAGCUUUGGGAAGGAGGUAGGAGGGCUGCUGGACCCUGCCAGAGCCUUGUGCCUCCUUCUCAAAUCCCUACCCGGCUCUGGGAAGGCAGCAUGAGGACUGGGGAGGGUGUCAAAAUAGUGUUUGCCUGCUGAUGAAAGAGAAGCAGGGGAAGGGCAGUCCACCUUCUCAUGGAUGGAAGGAAGUUCUGUGACCGAGAAGGCCCUCUCUGAUAUCCUCAUAAAACAUGUCUGUGACCAGGAGAAAGGCCUCCCCAGAAGAUCUCAAAGCCGAAGCCAGCUCAUCUAAGGAGAUCAAGUCCUUCUUUAGGACUUUGUAGGCCAGAGCCAGAACUUGGAAUUGUACCUCGGAAGGGACCAACAGCCAGCGGAGCUGUUGUAACAAGGGGUUGCCAUUCUCCUUGCAACAAGCUCCAGUCAGCAAUCUGGCCACAACAUCUUGGACUCCCCAAAGGUUCUGAAAACUUGCUGAAGGCAGCCCCACGCAGCUCGCCUGACAGUGAUCCAAAUGGGGUGCAACCAAGGCAUGUGUUGCCAUUUCUUCUUCUGUCUGUCCUGAAUCUGCUGCUGUCAGUUGGCCUGGGUGUUGUGAGUUAUGAGAAAAAGAGAUUCAUUUCACUCUUACCCUCUGUUUCUGCCAUGCGUCUGGUUCACACAUCACUUUGUUCCUCUGCCCUUGAUGACUGACAGCUAAAUGUGGCAGGCUGAUUUCAAUAGUCUUACACCCUGUGGAACUCAGAAGGGACUUGCUUCUGUGUGUGUGUGUGUGUGUGUGUCUAGAUUUAUAGAUAGAUAUAGAAUUGCACUCUGAACAACAUUUCAUUUGGGGUGAUUGGUUGAUACAAAAGUUAUACGUGUAGUGAAUGUUGGUGGCUCAUUGAUGCAUGAAGAUCAUUGGCGGACGUCAUGUUGGACUCAUGAAUUAACUGCUGAGUCCCAUCGUUAUCCCACAUCCCUAGACAUAUAUGUGUACCUUUAUGUAUCUGCAUAUAGGAGGACACUGCUGUUUUUUUGUUUCAAAAUCUCCAGGGCUACGGAGGAGGGCUGGGAUUAGAAAAACAGUCUCUGGAUUUUACUAAGUAACCUGUCAGUUCUGCUGGUUUGACAUAGCAAGUUUCUCUUGUCUUUCUGAAUAUUCUUCAAAUGCUUCAACAUUUCAGGAAUGGCUUCUUUGCGUGGCGCUCCUGUAAUUUUCUGUGGAGAGAAACUCUUUGGGUUUAGGGCAGAUGGGGCUGUGGCUCCACAGGGGAAUUCAAGCUAUGCAGUCAGCUCCCUGCCCAGCUCUGGGCGUGUCCUGAGCAGGGUGGGGUGCUUUGCUAGAAACCCCCUCAGCCAAGAGCCCUGCUGGCCCAGACCACAGAAAACCCAUCUGGGCCAGCAUCCUGUUCUCACAGUGGCCACUUGGAUGCCUUCCUCAGGGGGAAAUCCCAUAACAGGCUUUCAGGGGAGGCAAUAGGUAGUGCAGAGCUGGCCCAAGGCUUUUUGUUGCCUGAGGCAAAGAACAAGGUGGCUCCUUGGAGAUCCUUUCAAGAACAGCCUUUCUUUCCCCAACCUGGCACCCAGCUAUUUUGGACUAUAGCUCCCAUUAACCUCUUGCUGGCUGGGACUGAUCUGAGUUUGUAGUCCAAAACAUUUGGAGAGCACCGGGAUGGGGAAGGCUGCGUGAAGGUGCUGCAAGACUCUUGAAUUGUGUAUGCAGUUCCUGAUGAGUGAAUAAGGAUCAGUUCAGGACAGACCAUUCAUUCUGCUAAACAGCUUCAAAAAAGUUGCUUCUGAAGCCAAUUCAGGAAAAGGCUUUUGCAAAGUAAAUUAAGGCAGCAUCCAGCAAGCAAAUGAAGCAAAGGAUAAUUGGCUGCCGGUGUGUGUGUGUGUGUGUGUGUGUGUGCGCGUGCACACACACCUCUGUGCCUGUGCCUUGUCAGACAGGCACUGACUCUUGGUGUGGAUAAAUAUGAGUGGCCUUUUAUGCAUUGUCAAAAUAACAGAGGGGGCACAGAUUUGUCUAAAAUGUGCAUGUGCUAAUUUGUAUGUAUGGGGUCAAAUGUGGAAAUAAAUACGACAAUGUAAAUAGAAACAGGGAGGAAGGCUGUCACCAGGCGGACCUGGGUGCCUGCUCACUCUGCUGCCUAGGUGCAAACUACUAAUGCACAGCUUUGAGACCCUGCACAUCUCCCUUCUGUGGGUUGUCUCUCUUUAAACCUGACUGGAAUUGGACAGUCCUUCCAAGAGAGGACUGUUCUCUGUUGCCCAGGACAAGUGCACCCCCAAUGGUACCAGCCUCAGCUGUGAAACACUGGCAGAUUGGAUGGUACAUCACACACAUGUAUUUUUCCUUCCAAUAUUCUUCCUGGCUCUUCGCACAGUUCCUUUCUUGUUUCCUUGUUAAUAAAUGUUUGUGUGUGUAUUUGAGGCGGAGCAUUACAAUAUAGAAUUUCUGUUUCAGGUACCGAGAUGCCAUGGGCUUUACAAGUUAUGCCACUAGCCUUUAACUAUCUAUGGUUCCUUAAAGUCAGUAUCUUUCCUGUGUGAAGCAAGGUGUCUGCAGCUGUUCAGCCCAGGGGUUUUCUCAGAAUAGUUCUUCAUUGGUAUAUUUAUCUAUGCACAUGUCCAGAUGCCACAGAUUCUGAAUAAACACACUGGGCCGCUCCCUUAAUAUAAAUAAUAAAGACAAUGUUCAACUCAGAUGGGUUGACAGGUACCUUAGCAAUUGCACACAAACAGGCAAAGUUUACCAGCAGCUUGGUGCACCCUGUGGUAAUCUUCUGAAAAAUCUUCUCCCUCCUGCUGCCAAAGGAAAAAAACAACAAAGUUUUGGAAAUCCUGGGGAAACUGAGCUUUUGAGCAGGCCCAGGCAGUUCUUAAAUCUGACAUUGUAAAUUGCAAAACUCACUUUUAUAGCUGUAACAACCAGGAAUCUCCCAUGACAUCUUAAAGGUGAGCAGAUUUAUUGUGGUGCCUGCAUAGCUGAUGAGGCAAAAGGGUUUGCCUCAUCAGAAGUAUCUUUUCCUUUCCUAGAUGUUAUCUAACACAGUGCUUUCUUCAUUAGACAAGUGCUUUACAACUACUACUACUACUACUACUACUACUACUAUCAUCAUUAUUUAUUGGGUCAGGGAAACUCUUUUGCACAAUGUGAUUCCCUGCGGAACAGUACAGAACAUACCUGUAGGUACACUGAGAUGAUCUUUAGAGGUCCUUCCACCAGCUGGCCGUGGGAGAGAGUUUCUUACCCCCACAUUGCCCCACACCAGGGGUGAUGGGUUGGUGCCCACGUUCACGUCUUUCCAACACACAACCCCCAAGUUCCCCUACUCCUAUGUGACUCAGGCCACAACCUCCCCACACAUUUAAAGCAUUAUGCUGCCACUUUAGCAGUCAUGGCUUCCCCAGACAAUCUUGGGAACUAGUUGGGGAAUCUGGUUCUAGAUUUUAAGCUGCUUGGCGUGAGGACCCUUCCUCUCAUUCCUUUGAAAAGAGCCAUGUACAUGGAUAAGGCCGUAUAAAUAGGUAAUAGUUCUCAAGCCGUGUUGAAUUCUAUGGAUUGUGCUGCUUCAAUUUUGUGCCUCUGAGUGUCCUGUUGUUUUAAUUGUUUGAUAUUUACAGUCAUCUCCAACUGAUUUCUCCUCAGCGUUGACUCUUUUAAAUUAAUGGACCUAAGUUCGCCAUGUCUAUUAAUUUCAGUGGGUCUACUCUGAUGUAGAACUAGCUUUGGGUACAACCCUUGAUGAUGAGGUGGUUGUUUUGAAAUCAUUUUUGUAAGAUGCCUUGGAGGUAGCAGUGCUGGUGGGUGUGCAAACAUUUUUUCAACAAACACGUGAAGCCACCUGGUUGCUCCCUUUUGCUGUGCCAUUCAAUAAGUUAGCUUCAUUAACUAUAAAUCCCAAAAUCUGGGAUCCCUUCAAAAUUGGUGCCAAAGUUUUGCAGUCGUUUUUUCAGUGAAAACCCUGCGAUUUGCAGCGCCCCACAAACAGAGCAAUAGAACGUCAAACCUGGAGGUCACCCAAAACCCCAACAUCAUCUGAAUCACCGCAUACUGGAACCACGCUGGUUUGGAGUGAAUUGGACAACAUUGGGCUUUUGGGCGACCCUGUGGCCCCCGGGUUUGAGGGUCUAUUGCUUCAUUUGUAGGGUGAUGCAAAAUGCAGGGUUUUCGCUGCAAAACAUUUGCCGAAGUUUGGUGCUGGUUUGGAGUGAAUUAGACAACGUGGGGUUUUGGGGUGUUUACUACGAACCCUUGUUUGAUGUAUCAAUUACUCCGCUUGUGGGGUGCUGCAAAACAUGGGGGUUUUGCUGCAAAAUGACUUCAAAAAAUUGGCACCAGUUUCAAGGGGAUACAGAUUCUGGGGUUCAUAAUCAAUGAAGCUAAAUAAAUUCCCUAAGUAGGCUUAGGCACUUUGAUUUCCGCCUUGCUGCAACCUCGUUAAGUAAUGACACAGGCAAAUAGCUUGAGGGGAGUUGCUGGUUGCAAAUUCUGCAGCUCCCCUAUGAGUAAAUGAUGGGAAUUUACUCAACAUUCUACAUACUACAGAACAUACUACAACAUUCUGCAAAUGUUGAUUUAUUUUGAAAAUUGAUCGAACUCCUGUGGACUUGUGUAAUUAUCUAUCUAUCUAUCUAUCUAUCUAUCUAUCAUCUAUCUAUCUAUUGUCCCUUGCUUUGAAUGUUAAGGAGAAUGGUUCUGAUCUAGCCUCCUUCUUGAUAGGUUAGAAGAAAAACUUAUCUCUAUCCAUCACCUCCACACUGUUUGUCAUGUCAUAAUCCCUUUAUCAUGUCCUUGGUUAGUCUCUCCCCCUGCCCCCGCCCCUGCCCAAUACUUUAACCUACAGGUGGGCAACUUGUGAAUUUUGGCCUAAUUGUAUGUGGGUGGCCCCAGCUACCCAAUAUACAGUCAUUUACAAUUUUAAAACAUUUUAUAUAGUGCUGAUAUCCAUGUACAUGGCACUUCUGUAGAGGAAUAACAAGAUAAUAGUCCCCUGCCCCAAGGAGCAAACACUUUCAUUUUUGAAAGGAAAGAGGGUAAAAAGAAGGAAGAAGAAUGCUGUCCACCACUAGGGUUUGCUGGGGAGAAAUCUUUAUUUAUGAGCCAUAUUCUUUAUUCUCUUGCCCCCUCACUCUCUUUCCCUAGAAUCACUUGAAGAUGACAUGCCAUUUGUGGCUGACAUUUUGGAGGAGAAUGUGCACCUAAAAGGCUCAGCUUCAGCAGAGAAUGAAUGGAAAGCAAAGCCUGCAGUCCCACACGACAAUGAGGUGUUCACGGCAGAAAGCAAUAUUGGGAUUGGCGUAGGUCCAUCCAUGACCCCAUCUGCACCAAGGCCAGAGCCGUCCACGGAGCAGCAAAUUGUGGAAGAAAGCGCUGCCCCAGAGAGGUCGGAUCCAGACCUAGCUUCAGCAAGUGCUGUGCCCGCAGCAACUCAGGAAGAACAACAGGGGACGUCUUGGGGAUGUGGAGGAGCACCCAUUGAAGGGAUUUCGGAAGCCAAAGCAGUUGGUGAGACACCUGUGAUCAGCAAGAGUAAACUCCCCAGGGCAAGACCAGCUGCCCUCCUGAAGAAGAUGGGAGGAGAGAACCCUGAGACCGAAACAGCCGCAGAGAGCUGCCCCAUCCCCAAAGCCUCCUACCGCUUUGACCCAGAGGAGUACAACGAGAACACCAACCCCUUUGUGAUUGGGGGCUCCAAGCUCCAGAACUCCCCCCCGGCACCCCAGCCAGGCUUUGCUCUUCCACACAGUGACCCCAAGGUGCUGGGACUGGGACUUGCUGGUGAGUCGCAGGGCCGGGCUGUGAAGCUUGAAUUUGAUUUUGCCGAUGGUGUGGAAAGUGCAGAGUCGAAGAAAGCUUUGCCAAGGAAAGCCGGAAGGAAGCCAGCCAGCAAACUGUCUCCUAAGAAGCAAAGAGCUGGUGCCAACCGACCCACUGUGGGCACUGAGGGGGCAGAGAAAGCCCUUGCUGCAGAUCCACCCGAGGUGCCCCUCCCCAAGCUCUCCCACCAGGUGGAUGCCGUCCAUUGGGAUGGACCUAGUUGUAACCCCCUUGCAGGGAGUGUGGGCUUGCAGAGCUCGCCAGUCCUUCCGAGAGAUUCCUACAACCUGGACGCACCUGAUCCUUUCAAGCCCACCCAGACCUUGGCUGGCCCAGGAGCCGACUCCUGUCCCUCUGCGGAGAACAGUCUCAAUGAGAUAUUGGAGCUGCAGACCCUGGAGGCCUGCGAGGGCGAAGAGCUGCAGAGUGGUUUGGCCUCUCCAAAGAAGCCCAAGUCCCGGCUGAUAAUGUGAGUGAGGACGGGUGGGGGGGGGUCUGGCUUUGCUGCAGGGUAGGACAGAAGCCCCAUAGUUUACAAGGCUCUGGGCAGGGCCGAGCGUUUUCUGGACCCACCAAUGCACCUCAUCUAGCACCCCAAGGAAAUUUCUUCACCCUGCUAGAAUCCCCUGAUUCUGGUGGAGGCAGCAAGAAAUAAAAGCACAAUGGCCCAGGGCUGGGCUGGGCAAGUUUCUUCCCCUCUGGCCAACCCAGCACCCCAAGGGUGCUGCAUAUUACCCACCCACACAGGCAUCUGGUCCCUCAAGAUGUUUUUUGUUACUGUGGGUUGUGGCCAGGUAACCUCUACUCAGAGUAGAGCCAUUGCAGUUAAAGGACUAGUUUAUAUUGUCUAUUCAUUUCAGUGACUGAGUGUGACUAAGAUUGGAUGUAACCCUACAAAUGGGGUUGGUGGAGUCUGUUAAUAUCUGGGGGUAUUUAUUACUUAUUUAUUGAGAGUAUUUGCACCUGCUCUUCAGCCAAAAAGGCCCCUGGAGUGGCUUACAUACAAUUGAAAUAAGACAGUCCCCACCUGCAGACUCACAACCCCAUGAAAAAGACACACAAGGGGAAAUGGGCAGGGAGGGAAGAGGGAAAAAACAGCCUCAAGCCCCAAUUCUUGACUGUUGCUCUGAUAAGGAAUGGCCGGCCCAGUUCAGGAGCAGGAGGCACCUGGUGCAAUGAGCCUCCCACUGAGGCAGCCUGGCAGAAUGGCUGCCCCAGUUGACAGCAGAGAGGAGAGAAAGCCUGCGGGGGCUGCCCUGAGCUUCCCCUACCCCCUUGCUCUCCACAGAGUUUCUACUGGGAUUCUUCAUUUUUCCCUCUGGGGUGCAGGGAGCAGUGUGGUGACUGUUUUUCUCUCACUCUGAACUCUUCCAGGUAUGGAGUUUUGCUGUGAAAAAGUCCCAGAAGCUCAUGGGCUGCCCGGUUCCCUGGCCUGAAUAAAUAUUUGCAGCUGGAGAGAGGGCAGUGUCUUGUUGUCUAGCUGCUCUAGGAGCAUAAGGAUGGAGGAUGCAAGGGUGUCCCGUGGGCCCAGGGCAGUAGUCGCGAAGCUCUGUAUUUGCAGGGAUUCUAGCAAGAUGUGGGGGUGCAGAGGGGCCACGAGAGAAACAGCUCAUCGUUCCCAAAUGCUACCACCCAAGCCUUGGGCCAUUAAAUAACCUGUGGCCUGUUCAAUGUGGGGUGAAGGGGGACUGUUGUUAUGACUGUUUCUUUUUUAUGCUGUGUAUUAUGUUUUUAUUAUUAUGCUGCGUAAAUUAUCUUCUUAAUGUUGUAAACUGCCCUAAGAUCUUUGGAUAAAGGGCAGUAUAAACAUUGAAUUAACAGCAACCACAACAGCUUCAGCAGGGAUGGGAAUCUCUGGCCUGGGGAAUGAAUGCAGUCCUCCAAGCCCUUGGGAUGCCGCCACACACACACCCGGCCUUGCUUCACGUCCUCCUUGAUUGCUUUUGCCUGGCUGGAAUGUGUCCUUGAACUCUGAUAAGGUCUCUUGCUUGGAUGGAGGGAGGAUUAAAAGCCUUGUGUAGAAACUAGCCUAUUGGACAGAGGUAAAAUUUGCAUCCAUUUCUCUGCCUGCCACUGAGAAAAGCUCUCCAGCCCUGAAAAAUGGAGUGCAAGUGUGGGAAUUGCCUGAUCGAAUGCUCCGUCCUAAGAGAGAUUGUAUGUGUAUUGCAAUUUAAAUAUUAAAGCUCCUUGCACACAGAAACCUAGUAUAGUAGUACCUCAGGUUACAUACGCUUCAGGUUACAGACUCCGCUAACCCAGAAAUAGUGCUUCAGGUUAAGAACUUUGCUUCAGGUUGAGAACAGAAAUCGUGCUCCAGCAGCGCCACAGCAGCAGGAGGCCCCAUUAGCUAAAGUGGUGCUUCAGGUUAAGAACAGUUUCAGGUUAAGAACGGACCUCCAGAACGAAUUAAGUACUUAACCCGAGGUACCACUGUAUGCCAAGGGGAAUGGUUUUAGCCUUUUCUUCAUCCUGACAUGUUAGUUUUCUAUAUAUGGUGUACCUCACGAACUUCCUCUGUGGAGAAUACAGCCCCCCCCCCUGCUGUGGUAGGAUCCAGCAAUAGGUUUUCCACAUUUGUUUCCAGGGUUCUGGGUCCCUGCAGCAAACAUAGGUUUUUAGAUUCCAGCACUGAAAAUUAGGAAAGUUCUUGUUUAAGAGAAGCAAAAGAUUCCUGUCUCUUCAGGGUGCUGUGGAGCAGGGUCAUCUCUCCACCUCUGCCAGGCUGAAUAAUCACUGGAUGUCAGGAUGAAGGUUAGUUGAUGUGGGGCUUUGAAGUCUGGAUGUGCCAGGAUUUCAAAGCACAGGGUAGAUUCUGAAAGCCCUUUUGCCAGCAGUCCCCUGCUGCACUUUAAACCUCCAGAAACACUGGGCUUGUUGCUUUCAGACAACCCCACACUGCUUUUGCCUGCACAUGCCUGCUCCCAGCAGGGGAACUGGGGUGUGCAGCCAAUGGAGCAGGAUUUAACCCCAGCUCAUCAGCAUGGGAACUGUCAUGCAGCCAAAGCAGAAUAGAGCCCCUCCCACAGGACGGAGGUUCCCUAAUCCUGCGAUGGCCCCCUCGGCCUCUGCUUAAAUGGCCACCUUCCCUGGGAGGUGAGGGGAAAGCACUCCCCCCUCAGGCCCCGAGCCAGCCCUAGCUGGAAUAUGAAACGAUCAGAAAGCUGGUGACUUUGGAGGUGGGAAAAUCUGAUUCUGCCUGCGAAGCACAAACGCUUAUUGUGCAGGAAACAAAUCCUUUUCUCCUUGGGCCCUCCCAGCCCUUUGCUAUUUACAGCUUCCAUACAGUCUCGGGAGCCAGGGUUCCAAGGGCACUGGUGCCGGCCGGAAUAGCCACAGGCCCCUGGGAGCAAGCAGACCCAAGGCCUUGGGGAGGGUGUGGUAGUGCUUGCGUCUUGCUGCAUCUUCUUCUCCUGUAACGCACCAGGGUUCAGCAGGGACUAGCAAAGGGGUGAGCUCCAAAGCAGUUUCAGCCCUGACGAGAUUUCUGUGUGUGAAGUGCUUCUGCAUCCAAGAGAGCGCAUGUAUACCUGGUGGGAAUCCUUGGUGGGUUGAGGCUCCCCUGCAAGCACACACCAGCUGUGUAUGCCCACAAUGCCAAACAGACAAUUCUGGCUUCAAAAACCAGUUAGUGCACAAGUGGUCUGUGCUAGAAAAGGGUUUCCUUUGCAGCCACUUCACUGCUUCUUUCAGGUGAGUAGCAAAACAAGCCAGGAUGCAGCUCACAACUAUAGUUUCCUGCUACAUGUAAACCUGGAAAUUUUGGUUAAUGGAUUCAACACAAGCCGGGGUUGAAGCCAUGGUUUGAUACUGGCUUCAUAUCUUGUCUUCAUUUGAAACUGUGGUUUCCAGGUUUUCAUUCAACAGGAGACUAUGGCUGUGAGUUGGGUCCUGGCUUGUUUUGCUACACAGGUGAAAGGAGGAGCCAAACAGCCUCAGAGAGGCUCUGCAUCUGCAGAAAAGCUCAUGCGCAAGUAUUUUUGCCUUUGCAUUGUGUGCAAACACGCCCCUCCCCCUAUAUACAUGAAGCAAAAGAUGCUUGGGCGUAUGCGAGCAUCACAACUUGGCCACAUAUGGCUCCUAGAAGGGCUCCACAUGGAACUAAAACGUAAGAGUGUUGCUAUGUUGGAAGGUGGUCUGUAUUGUUCCAGCCCUAGUAGCGUGGUUGGCAAUGCACAGUAUUAUGUAGAGGUUCAGUGCAUGUCAGGAACUGGGAUGUCCUGUAGGAAGAGGACAGAUGUCAUAGAUGUUAAGCAGCUGUUCAUAGCCUAUGCAAAUUAACAAAUACAGUGGUACCUCUAGUUACAUACUUAAUUCGUUCUGGAGGUUCGUUCUUAACCUGAAACUGUUCUUAACCUGAAGCACCACUUUAGCUAAUGGGGCCUCCUGCUGCCGCCGCGCCGUCGGAGCAUGAUUUCUGUUCUCAUCCUGAAGCAAAGUUCUUAACCCGAGGUACUAUUUCUAGGUUAGCGGAGUCUGUAACCUGAAGCGUAUGCAACCCGAGGUACCACUGUAUAUGGGUAAAAACUUGGCAACAUAGCCCUGCCUCUGAGUUAUGCACUCAUUUGUAAGGUUUCUGCACACCAGCAGCAAACAUUUGAAGUUUUACAUCUCUUCUCCGCAUAGACUUUCCACUCAUAGUAUGACUUCUAUAUUUAUCCAGGGAGAAAAUAUAUAUACUGAACACACACACACACCCCCACACCCCUGGGUCUUUUACAUGUUCUUUUUCUUUUUCCUCUCCCUCCAUCUCUCUACCUUUCUUUCUUGUCUGUUCAUUUUUGGUGCAUCAGGACUACAGAACAAGUGAAAUUUCUCUGUUUUCUGUUGUAAGUACUCAUUUCCUUUCUUUUUCUUGUGUUCCUCUUUGGGUUUUGGUGUUUUUGUUGAUCUUUUCUCUCCCUCCCCCUCUCUCUCUUCACUGCAUGCAGCUUCCUCGCCUAUUUAUUCUGAGAUUUUUGUCUGUCUCUUGUCUCCAGCCUCCUCUUAGAAGACCAUAAUUUCACCUGGCAGCUUAGCUUUGCAGCAGAAUGAGGCCAGGGAGAUGGCUGGGCUGGCUGUUGUGGCACGCUUGCUUUCUAUGGGUUUCCAAGGCAUAACAAAUUCUGUGUGUUUGCUGUGUGCCCCCCCCGCUCCCUCCCCCCAAAACAUUAUGGCUCUUCUUUCAUUCCAAAGCCAAGAAUUCAUUUUUGGUUAGCCCACCUUUGUUCAGAAACAAAUGUCUGGGUCUUCAGUAAAAAAAGCCACAUAGUUUCAGAGAACAUGGCCCUUCACAGUCUCUAGUGGGGAGCUUCAGCUAGCUCUUAUCUUCCACAUUGCAGAAAUGGAAAACCUACAAACUAGGCACGGUAAAAGUUUCCCCAGAACAGAGUGGGGAGGAUGUGGUCCUCAAGUCCCAGGUGUCAUGGCCAACAGCGUAGGGAGUGACACCAGUUAUCCGCCCUGCCAUCUGAAGAGAGGCUGCAAUAGGCGCCUUUUCUUGCUUUAGGAAAAAGGAGAGCCUGAGGCAGCACUUGGGGAACCUUCUUCAUCCCAAGGGCCACCUUCUCUUCUGGGCAACGUUCUGGGGGCCACCUGCUAGCAGUAGGCAGGGAUCAAGGCAGAAGUGGGCAGAGGAAGGACUGCCAUGUUGAUCUUUGUUUAUAGGACCAGUUUCCACACACAGCUGGGACGCAAGAGGCAUCGCUGCCGCUCCGGGACACCUUUGCCAGAGAGGGGUGUGGUCUACAGGGAGGGGCAUGGCCUGGAGAGAGUCCCAAGGGCUACAGAGGCCACACUGGGCUCCUGGGCCUGAGUUUCCCCACUCCUGGUAUAAGGCCAAGGCAUAGAUCCUCUAUCAAAUGCUGCACAAUCCUGAUGGAGAUUUUCCCCAUCACAUUGGAUGGAUGGGCAGUUUCAGGGCAAACCAAAGUCAAGUCUUCCUUCAUGUUGCUGUGGCAAGAUGACUGUGAGGGCUAGAAGCUUAGAAAGGGGGAUUAGAUGCCUAUGGGGUGGGUCUUACUGCAUGACGCCUCCCUGAUCAGAGGCAGCAAGUGGAUGGCAGCUUCUGGGCAGCCGUGGCAAGAGGGGGCUCUUGCUGUCCAGCUUCAUUGGUGGGUUCCUAGCACUGUGUUCAGUUCUUUAUGGACCUGAGCUGCUUUGGGAGGCCAGUUCUGUAUGAAAAGCAGAACGAAAUCUGCCCAGCCUCUGGCAUAAGUCAGGCUUCCUGGCUUAUCAUGGUGUUUCUGUGAAUGAGCUGCCUGCUGGUGCACUCUGCCUACUCUCGCCUCCCCUGGCAAGAGGCGCUGUGCCCAUUACAUCUGAAUGGGGUAUCAUGAUUUGCACAGGGAUUCGCAGGCAGAAGCAGCUCUCCUGCUCCUGGGGAAAGCUUUUUGUUCCACUGUGCUUUCCUCUUGUGCCCUUUCCCGCAGUGGCAUCACUUGGCUUCCUCUUCCAAGUCCACAGCAAGAAAGAAAAUCUGUAAAUGCCGCCACAUCCAUGGUAUUGUUCCUCUGCUUCUCCUGGAAAGUGUUAGUCCACUUGGACUAGAUGAUCCUUGCGGUCCCUUCCACCUGUACAAUUCUGUGGUGCUAUGAUUUCAGUUUCAAACAUUGUUGAGCCAAAGUCAUUACAAGAGGCAAAGUUAACUUCUGAGAUGCUUUAGCAAGAGACCAGUAGCAGCGUAGGAAGGUGCCUUGUAUCAAAUCAGAUAAUGGAUCAGUCUAGCUCAGUAUGACAGUCUUCUCUGACUGUCAGCAGAUCUGCCGAUAUUCAGGAAGGACUCUUUCCCACCCUACCUGGAGGUGCUGGGGGUUGAACCCAGGGCCUUCCUGCAUUUGACAAGUACUGUGCCGCUGAAUCGUCACCCUUUCCCCAGCUGGAAAAACUGACUCUGCUGCUUAAUAUCCAGGAUUGGCUGAGUUGGCAGCAGACCUGUGUUUGCCCUUGUGCAAAACGGCUUUUAAGUGUUGGCUGUUUCAGAGUCUAUGGUCUUUUGAGCACAGUAGCCGUUGUGUUGGUCUCUCCCUUCUUCUCUCCCCACCUCCUGCUUUAAGAAAGAACAUGGCCUUCCCUGCUCAGGGCUGAGAUCUGCUAUGCCAACAACGUGGGUGCCAAUUCUGGUCCUGGCAUCUGGUCCUGCCUACUUGCCUCCCUCCCUGACUCCUCAGCUCCCUACCCCACACCCAAUAACAGAAAGUCCAACGCUGACCCCGUCCUCCCUUUCUCUCUGCAGGAGUGGCUGCAAGGUGAAGAAAUACGAAGCACCAUCCCUGGUUCUCGAUGUCUGCUCCCAGGUAUGGGGUAGCCAAGAACUGCCACUUGCUCCCCACAUUCACAGGAGAGAAGGCCCACACGAUGGCUAUAGUCUCCCUCCACUGUCAGAGGCUGUGCACCUCUGGGGGGGUUGGGGGAGAGCCGUGGCGCUCAGGUCCUGCUUGCAGGCUUCCCUUAGGCAUCUCCUGGGGGGGACGUGAGAGCAGGAGGCCGCAUUCAAUGGGCCACUGGCUGGAUCCAGCAAGGCUUUUCUUAAGUAGUAAUCCAUGUGGAAGAGCUUUGGAUUUGGAGAAGGGUUCCUUGCACAAGCAGCCGGGGACAGGUGCACCUUCCCUUCCAGAGUUGGCAUCCUUGGGACUCUGCCUGGGCCCACGUCCCUCAGAAUUACUCUCUGCUGUUCCUGCCUCUAUCUGCCCUCUUCCUACUGUCCAAAAGGAGACAAGGGAAGAAGAAGGAAUGGCAGUUUUUGCUUGCCUUGCUCUUUCCUGCAGGGCAGCGGAGCCGAUGGAGCACAGGGGAAGAGGGCAAAUGGCAAAGAGGGGAAUCCACUCAGGGAACGGUCCACACUGAGAGCAUCUUAAGAACCUAAAGCAGACCCUGGAAUAUAGGCUGAGUCAGACCAUUGGUAUUGUCUGCAGUGGCUCUCCACCAAGCUACGUUGGGAGCCGCCUUCUGCCAGAAUAGGCUACCUAUCAGCUCCAGCACUGGCAGGAGCUCUCCAGUCUUCCAGAGAGGGGUCCCCCCGCCCCCAGCCUGCACAGGAAGAACCAGAGCCUUGUUUGAGAUACAGCAUGAGCCGUACCACUGAGCCACGGCCCUUCCCACGGAGGCAUCCGACUGCCUGCCUGUUAGGAAGACAAGAGCUGCAGGCUAAAUUAACUCUUUUUCCAGAAGCUUUUUUAAAAAAGAAUAAUAAAAAAAAAUAUUUAUUUAUUUAUUUAAACAAGAAUGUACACCUCAGUUGCUCACAAGAACCGGGGGGUGGGGGGAACGAAUGAAAACUAAAAUUAAACAUGCUCAUACAAAGCACAAAUCUGAGUUGUUUCCUUCUCAUUUCCCCCCCCCCUCAUUUCCCCCCCCCCCCAUUAUUACUGGCGUUGAGAAGUGGCAGCAUUUUUUAAAAAAAAAUUGAUUUAUUUAAAAAUAUCAGGAUAUUGUCUUUGAGAUCUUGUGAUAUUCUCACUUUAAAAGGUUACUAAGAAUUCCAAAUAGAAGCAUAUUUGAACAUUUCAAUCAUCAUUAAUAUAUGAAAUACAUUUUGCCAUGUACCGUAUCAAGAAUGAAUCUUUUUUAGAGGGGUGUCCUCUGGUGUACCUUAAUUUUCAAGUUUGCUUUUCAGUGUAUUAGCUAUGGACCAGAUUUGACUCUACCAGAUAGCCUUAUUCAACCCCCCUAAAUAUUUUCAUUUUCUUGCAAGAACCAUUUUGGUGGCUGACAAUAAAUAUAGAAUCAAUUCAAUGUUUUAAGAAGCUGGAAAGUGAGAAGGAGUGGAAUGGAAGGCACAGACAGCUGUCCCUGGGCACUUCCAGAUUCCUCCCCCCGAUUAAUGUUAUCCAAGUCCUGGGCAACGGGCUGAUCCCUGUUUAACUGUCUCCUUGCUUGUGCAGGACAAAGAGGAAGCCGUGCUUGCCUCCAAAAUCCCAGACCUUUCCAACCGAGAUGGGCAUGCCACUGACGAAGAGAAACUGGCUUGCACAUCCUCCAGUCAAAAGGCAGCGGACUUGGAGGCGAAAGGUGAGCCAGAGGAAGACCUGGAGUACUUUGAGUGUUCCAAUGUUCCUGCGUCUGCCAUAAAUCAUACGUUUUCAUCCCCAGGAGAAGGUACGAAAGUCUCUCCCUCUCUGUUUCACGCCCCCUUGUCUUAACCUUUAACCUCCCCAUCCUAUGCCCUCCAAGUAUUUGGGACUACAGCUCCCAACAGUGCUGGCUAUUCUGAUGGGAAUUGCAGUUGCCAACACCUGGAAGGCUCCAAGGGAAGAAGCGGCACUGGGGGAACGUGUGUGUGUUUCUUGAGAGGACUGUCAGCUGAUAAAUGGAUUUUGGGUCAAAUAGGCACCUGCCAUUUUGAAAGAAACUGUCUUCUGUGUGUUCACUCGGAUGUAAGCCCUGCUCUAUUUGAUGGAACGCUCAGUCCCUAGCAAGUGUGUUUAGGAUUGUAGCCUUAAUUCCAGUUAAGUUUCACUUAAUGUGCUUAUCACCAAAGCCCAUGUAAAGGUGUCUUUUUGAGAUUGGGAAGCAGACAUCUAAUUUCAUGGCCAUGCAUUCACUCACCACCACCACCCCCAUUGCUAAUUUUGCACUCUUGGUGUAAAUCUCCUACCCCCAGUGAACUUCGCUUUAUCAUGAAAGUGCCUGUUCACACCAGGAGAACCUUUUCUUCUAAGGCCAAUUGCAGUGAAGGGGGGUGUCGAAAUUACAGCUGGGGAGAGAAGACUUUCUCCUCUCUGGGUGCUGCGCUCUCAGUGAACAGGAGGGGCUCCCACAUGUAUUGGUAUUAAACUUUAGGACAGAGGAAGAGGCCUUCUUCCAGUGACCGUUGGUUCAUUUAACCCCGUAUUGUGUGCCCUGACUGGUAGUGGCUUUCCAGGGUCCCAGGCGAGGGUCCCUCCCAGCCCUGCCUGGGGAUGCUGAGAAUCCAACCCGAGACCUUUGGCAUGCAGUGCAGAUGCUGUGCCCCUGAGCCCUUCCCCUUUUAAACACCCAGACAUGGUUGCUGACCCUGCAACUGGAGUAGCACCAAGUUUGUCCCUAAGCCAGUGUACUGUGUAAUUAUUAGGUGGCUGGACAUCUUUUAUGUUUUCCACAUUAAUUUUCUGGUAGGGCUAUGUAGCAAAACCAAAAUGGCCUACUAGAAAAAGAAAACUGAAGAGGGGAACCUUUAACCCUGAUUAAAAUUUAUCUAGUCCGAUUAAUUAAUUAAUUAAUUAAUUAAAGCUUUUUGUAAUCUACUGAUUUAAAACUAUUGAAACUUCCUCACCUUGUAGACUCUCUUUCAUUAACUACAGAACCAUCCUCAUUCCAUGCUUUGCUAGAUUUUAUAUCUCAAAAGCAUUAGAAAAAGCUCUAAAUGUCUCUUUUUGGUGGGUGGCAAGAGAAGGAACAAAGCCUGGAGCCUUACUUAUCUCUGCAUUUGACAACAGUGUAAGCAAUUACAGGAACAUGUUCAGCAUUUCCGAAGCAGAAGGACUGAAGUCUGUGCUUAUCAGCUAUGAGCAUAGAAUUCAAUCCAGCGAGGAGUUCACUGGCAAAGCAGACCCCUGCCUGCAGGCCAGUUGACAUAUGACCUCAUGGUGGUCUCAGAUGAUUGGCAGGUAGAUGGCCCUGCCCAGCUGCCAAAGUUGACAUGUGCAGCAAGGAGAGAGAAAGAUCUGACCCACCAGGUUCUCCACUCCUGAACUAAGUGCUGGAUCAUUCCAUGUCAAGUGAUCAAAUGCCUUUUAUCUCACCAUUUCAUACUGCUUUCAGUUUCAGUUUUCUAAAAGUAGUCUAAGAGAAGGUCCCAGGUCUCAGUUUUUAAUUUUUUAUCUCAUCCUGUUUUUAGUUAUGAGGGAAUGUCAAAAAAUGGACAAUUUUGGCCUUGCCAUGCUACAUAAAAACCUUUAAAGCUCAGCCCAGAAUUGUGAUACUGUAUUUCAAAACUAAAAAUACUAAUCUCUUCAGAUCUUCAUGGGCUUUAAUACGAUAUGUCACACGAUGGGCUUGCUUUGAAUUCUAAAUUUAAGUUUCAAAAUUUAAAAAGUCAUUAAAAAUUAAUAUGAUUAAAAAUUUCCUAAGUAAUGUAUUGAUUACACCAUAUUUCUAAGAGUUACUUGCAAAAAUUCAUCUUGGGAUCUCAAUGUGAUCACAUUAAAAAUAUAUAUAUAUUGUACAUACAUGUCUGCCUUAUUGGGUUCUAUUUAGGAUAAAUGGGUCUUCUUGGAGUAAAAUAUAGCAGAAUAAACAAGAUUUCAAACUAUAAUAUCAGUUCCUUCAGGCAUUUCUUUAAAAUGUUAUUCCAUUAAAAGGAAUCUGAAGAGCCAGUCAGGCUUUUCUUUUAACGGUGUGUUCCAAGGCGGAGGGAUCUUUUGUUGUUGUUGCAGGAUAGAAUUAAUGCUUUGAAAAAACUCUUGUUAGCUUGUGGGUUGGCUUGCUUGAAACAAACUAUGAGUGAUAACCCAGGACAAAAUUUGGCUGCAGUUUGUUUGGCGUGAGACAAACCGUAAGCCUCGGUUCACAUGGCCCACUAAGCAAAAAUACGACCCACAAGCUAUAGCCAAGGUUGGUUCUUGGGUUCAUAGUAUGUCCUGAGUGAGACAAACCACAAGCUUUGGUUUGCAUAAAACGCAGAGCAAAACCAUGGCAUAGAUCCCCAAAGGCCAAAGCCCCAUGGCUGAGUCCAAGGGGCUUGAGGAGCAUUCUGAGGCAACUGGAGAUGGCAUUUAUUGGCCUAGCUGAUAAGAAUAGAAGAAAACACAUGAAACUUGUUUCGAUUAGCUUUGGCUAUUAUGAUGCUUGCAUUCUUGUUAUUCUGGGGAGAGAAAACAGCUGCUGCUAAGAACCACAUGCAAAUCUCCACAGGGUGUGAUGCCCCAUUUCAUGGAGUGGAGCAAAAUGACAGCUGUUUUUCCUGCAAAGCAGUAACAACAAGGAAGGGAGAACAGAGAAGAACAAAAACUAAGUCACCCUAUUCUGGCACUUCUUAUUUUCUGCAAUUUUUCAAUGUUAGUUUUUGCAUGUCGAGGAAUUCACACAAAAUCUUACUAUCUGAAGCAGAAAAGCUAAGCAGCAAGCCCCCCUUCUGUUCUGCUAGUCGACAUGUGCUAUGAUCUGCAAUGAAGUUUUCCUGCGCAUGCCUCAUUGAAAUGAAUGGAGCUGCACAAGAGCAAUGGAUUGUUUCCUUCCCCCAUCCCUGCACAUCCAUGUGUUAUUCAGAUCCUAAAAGCACAAGAAGAGCCUGGCUAGAUCUGUCCAGCAUCCCAUUCCCAACAUGCCACCCAGACGCCUCUUGCAGAAGCCCACCCCAAGCAGGAGAAGAGGGCAAAUGCUCUUUCCUACUGUUGUUCCCCAGCGACUGGUAUUCAGAGGCAUCCAGCCACUCAGACCUUGUACUCCAUUGGCCCAGCUGGCUGCAGCAGAUGGAGAUGGGAAGUCUCACAACAUCUGGAGCACCACAUCCCAUUGACAUGGAGGUGUCUCAGGUUACCUGCAGAGGGUGAAUGGCUUGGUUCAAGGUCAGGCUUUAUGACUGAUCUGGGAUUCCGACCGAGCAUUUUAUUGUAACCAAUUAUGCAGCACUCUUGGCUUCCUCAUUGUCGAGCAUCCUCCAACCUUUCUCUCCUAGCCCCCUCUCAGGCUCUGACAUUGAUCCGAAGGGCUGCUUCACACAUUACAGGAAGCUGCAUGCAGGCUUUCAUAGCAUAGCUAAUCUUGGUUCUCUGGGGCUUAGAUUUGCAUGCUGCAAGCACUUCCAAAUGUUUCCAGCAGCCACAUUCUUGCUUUAUACACACAGCAGAUGUACAUCAAAAAGGGGGGCUGUAAUUCUGAAGGAAGAAUGUGAGGAAGCGCUUCUCAACAUCUAAAAUGUGAAGGAUGGGCAGUGCAGUGCACACCCAGUGACUGCCAGAGAAGAGGUCUGUUGGAUCCCAGCCCUUUCCCUUCUGUAGGGUCUUGGCAUUGCCAGGGACAUUCAGGUGGCCUCCCAGGAUCUCUUUAGGCAGUUUCCUAGGUUGUCCAUUUUGCAAAAUUGCCCAGCUGGAGAAGGUGUCUGUCCUUCCCAUCCUCGGUCAUUGAGCCACUCCAAAUGAGGGCCACUUCACUCAAGUGUCAUUUGUGAAAAACAUCAGAAAAUCAUCCCAGAUCUAACAGCUCAGCUGGUCCUUUCAUGUCAUCCAGGAUCUCCACAAGUGUUUCACAUCUGACCGAGAUGAGAUAGACGCUCAGUUGUUGAGCUGCCAACUAAUAAAAGAAUCAAGUGCAGGGAUGAAGCAGGGAGGGCCCCAGCUCACUGAGCGAGCACAUGCUUUCCAUACUGAAAGCUCCAGGUUCAAUCCCAGGAGUCUCCACUUAAGAAGGCACAGGUAGAUUAGGUGAUAGGAAAGAGCCUUCUCUGCCUGGGACCCUGAAGAGACACUGCCAAUCAGAGUAGACAGCAGUGGACUGGAUGGACAAGUAUUCUGGCCGGAUAUAAGGCACCUGCCUAGGAUCUGGGCUGGAUCUACACUGAUCUCCUAAACGUAUUGAAAAAUAAUGUAGAAAACUGCUUAAUAGCAGUUUCCCACUGCUUUUGGCUUGCUGGUGUGCAGCGCCCUCUGGUGUCACAUUUUAAUAACACAUUUUUAACAUUAUAAAUGACAAGUGUAGAUCUGCCCUUGGUGACCCUUAGAGUCCUUCCUAUCAGGACAGGUCUGAUCCCUGCAUAUCAGUUCAAAGCAUUGGGUUUAUCUGCCCAAGACCCUGGAGAAGUGGUGCUUUUUUACUUGUCCUGAAUUUUUGAACAUUCUACUUCCCUGGAUGUCCAGGAGUGCUGGUGUGAUGAGAGAGGGAGGCAAGCUUUUCUGUAUCCCAGUUCUCCAAGCCAUGCAUGAUUUUAUAGGCUCCUCCUCAUUAGUCUCAGUGUUGCCCUUGUAGAACUCAGCAGGGAAGAGGAUCACAAUGCGUUGACUCUCCCUGUCUUUGGCUCUGGUUCCCCCUAGAGUUGGGCCCCCUGCUUUCCACCCCCAUCAGUCACAGCGGGCACCAGCCACCACUGCCCUGGAGAGCCACUGCCAGCCAGAGCAGAUAAGACUGAGCUGCAUGCUCAAAUAGCCGAACCUGGGAUGAGCUAUCUUCCUCUGAGCCGAUGCAAGGAAGCACAGGGGGGAAAUCUUCCAGGUGCAACUUUGGCAUCCCAUAGUCUUAAAAAUAGGGGUUGGGUGGGAGGGCAGGAGAGUCUCGACUCAGAGAAAAGGGCUUCCACUUUCUUCUUCCAGUCAUCACCACUGAGACUCCAGCAACCAGUGUGUGACCCACUUAUUUCUUCUGCUUUAGGUUUUGAGAAGGACACAUCGUUGAGCAAGGUGGCGGAGAGGGGCAACCCUGGGGAUCCCUUGGUAAGCACAAGAGCAGUUUCUGCCCUCCAUUGAGCAAAGAAAUGCAGUGGCUGCACCCGUAGAAGCCGUGGAUCUUGCUCUUCACCUGAAUGCAUUGCAGCAAGGGUUCUUUCACCCCUCCCUUACUUUUGAAUAUAUGUGGGGUUGUUUCUGCUGAAGCACGGAACAGCCACAGGUGGCAUUGCUGGCUAGUGAAUCCUGCCUGGGAAGGACCUCUGGUUUCUUCUUUGUUGUGUGGGUGUAUAUGCAUGCAUGAUUUCUCUGACUUUGCCUUAGAGCCAAACUAUGCAUGAUGCUAUAAAGGGCACUUGGUAGCUACGCUUGGUAGCCUAUAAAGGGCACUUGGUAGCUUCCUGCGUUGCAGGGGGUUGGACUAGAUGACCCUCGGGGUCCAACUCUACGGUUCUAUGAUUCUGUGCUUACUUGGAUGUAAGUUACAUUGAGUUCAGGGGAGCUCACCUCAGAUAGCAGGUUGAAUUAUGCAAGUGAAUACAGUUGCACACAUUUUGCAAUGUACACACACCUGACUAAUUUUGUUGACAGCUGCCUUUUUAAGGUUGAUGCUUUUGUGCAGGACUUUUGGGUGGAGUGGAGAGCAAACUACACAAAAGUUAGGUGUGAAAUGUGAAAGAGCAGCUUCAGAAAUUACCCUGGAAGCACCAAAAGAAGUUGCAUAAGAUAGUAACACAUCUCCGGGGGCGGGGGGGGGUAUUAAUUAUACCUCAAACCUCUUUUAGAGAUGGGGAGUUUAUGUGGUCCCAAACAGCAGGGCCAGCUUAUGACAUUUUGCUGCCUGAGGCAAAGGACAAGACCACAGACUCAAGAAUUGUACAGUUGGAAGGGACUCUGAGGAUCAUCUAGUCCAACCCCUGCAAUGCAGGAAUAGGCAGUUUCCUCAUACAGGGAUUGAACCUCAUUUUAGAAUCCGAAUUGUAGAGUUAGAUACAGCCCUAUAUGGUUGAUGUAUCAGCACCUUGGUGCUGCCCUGGCCAUCUUUGCUGCUUCUUUUUCCUAAGCCCAGUUUUCCUGGCCAGAGCCCUUCCCCCUCCUUUGACAUUUCCCCCUCCUCCUCAGACUUUCCACAGGAUUUUAGACUUCAAAGACCCACAGAUUUGCCCCCCAUCAUCACUUUCCAGAAACAAUUGAAGACAUUUUUGUUCCAACAACCUUUCCCAGAUGGAUGGCUAGGGAUCUCUGCUGUGGGUCUCAAUUUUAUGUUUGUGUUUUAAAUUGUAUUCUAUUUUUGGUGUCCUUUUAAAUAGUUGUUUUUAUUAUAUCUUUUUCCAUUUCCUUGAAAUAUAUAUGUGGAAGGUGGUUUAUAAAUUCUGGAUUGUAUCCAAAGUUGCACUGAGUAACAUGUUCCCAUCUGCUUGGAACUCUUGUUUGGACCACUGGAAUCGGGGUAACGAGUUCAGGAAGAACUUUCCCAGUUCGAAAGGGAUGGCUGGUUUUUGUCUUGACGCAGUCCUUCUUUCCACAGGGAAGUUCUGAACUAUCCUCUGGGGAAAAGGCCUCUGGAACUGCACCCCAUGAGACGCCAGGGAGUGCUGAAAGCCCCCUAGAUGCGAUUUGCCUCAGUGAAUCCGAUAAGAUGGCAGUUCUGACUCUGAUCAGAGAGGAGGUAAGAGCUGCACGGGGGGGGGGGGGGCAUCAGGAUGUCAACCAUGUAAGGCUCAUUGGUGGUCUAUGUUUCUGGAGUGUGUGUUUUGAGUAUGUUAAUUUAAGUCACUUAAAUAAUGAAGACAGUGUUCGGAGGGGAAAGAAAUCCUUUUCUUUCCCCAAAUUUUUUUAUUCAUUUUAUAACACAAAUAAAAAACACAAACAGAAAAAACAAACAAUACAAACAAAUUCUUGUCAUAUCCUUAUUUUUCUAAACAUUGUUAAGUGGACUUCCCCAAGUCCCACCUAUUUGAUUUUCAUUUUACUUCAUCUUUGGCAGUUUACAUAUAUCAUAAUUUCUAACCAUCUUUUUCCCCCCACGCUUACUUUAACCAUAAAAAACUUCACAUUUUAUCACUUAUAAAAUACAGUAUCAUCUUUCUUCUAACCCUACCCACUUCCAAAGCUAUUCUAAGAUUUAAAUAUUAACAUUUUUUUUCAAAUAUUCUUUAAACUUCUUCCAAUCUUCUUCCACCGUCUCUUCUCUCUGGUCCUGGAGUCUCCCAGUCAGUUCGGCAAGUUCCAUAUAGUCCAUCAUCUUCAUCUUCCAUUCUUCAAUAGUUGGUAAAUCUUGUUUCUUCCAAUUCUUCGCUAGUAAUAUUCUCGCAGCUGUUGUGGCAUACAGAAAAAAAGUAAGAUCUUUUUUUGGGAUUUCACCCCCCACUAUACCAAGUAAAAAGUUUUCUGGUUUUUUAAUAAAUGUGUUUUUCAACACUUUUUUCAAUUCAUUAUAAAUCCUUUCCCAGAAGUCUUUUACCUUGGGGCACGUCCACCACAUGUGGUAAAAGGUUCCUUCUUUUUCUUUACAUUUCCAGCAUUUAUUAUCAUGAGUAUGAUACAUUUUUGCUAACUUCACUGGUGUUAAAUACCACCUGUACAUCAUUUUCAUCAGAUUUUCUCUUAAUACAUUACAAGCUGUAAAUUGGAUUCCUUUUUUCCACAAUUUCUCCCAGUCCACCUUCAUAAUAUUGUGCCCCACAUCCCUAGCCCAAUCCAUCAUCACAGAUUUCACUUGUUCAUCUUUCGUAUGCCAUUCCAGCAAUAAAUUAUACAUUUUAGAUAGGUUUUGUAUUUUUGUGUCUUGUAAUUCCGUUUCCAGUUUGGAUUUCUCUGUUUGAAAACUGAUUUUCUUAUCCAUUUUCAACACUUCAUUUAUCUGGAUGUACUGGAACCAAUCAUCUAAUUUAUCUUUCAACUGAUCAUAAGAUUUUAAUCUAAAUUGGUCCCCUACUUCCAUCAAAAUAUCAUUAUACUUCAACCACAUAUCUUUCAUAUUCAACCUUUUAUGGGUCUUAGAUUCCAAUGGUGAUAUCCACCUGGGUGUUUUCCUUUCUAACAGAUCCCUGUAUCUUAUGCAAACAUUGUAUGAAGAUUUUCUAAUUAUAUGGUUUUUAAAUCCUUUGUGGGCUUUUAUCUUAUCGUACCAUAAAUAUGCAUGCCAGCCAAAUACAUUAUCAAAACCUUCCAAAUUUAGAACAUCUGUAUCUUCCAAUAAACACCAUUUUUUCAACCAACAAAAGGCUGCAGCUUCAAAAUAGAUCCUUAAGUCUGGCAGGGAGGAGUCCCCUCUCUCUUUCACAUCUGUUAAUAAUUUAAACUUAAUUCUGGGUUUCCCCUCCUGCCAGAUAAAUUUAGAUAAUACCUUUUGCCAUUCCUUAAAACAAUUCAAAUUAUCAAUGAUAGGAAGUAUUUGGAACAAAAAUAUCACCUUAGGCAAUACAUUCAUCUUUAUCGCAGAAAUUCAGCCCAACAAAGAUAGUUUCAACCUUGUCCAGAUAUCCAAAUUUCUUUUGAUAUCUUUCCAUAACUUUUCAUAGUUGUCUUUAUACAAAUUCAAAUUUUUUGCAAUCAUAUUUACACCCAGAUAUUUCACCUUUUUCACAAACUUCAGCCCUGUGGUUUCCUCUAAAUUAAGUUAUUCAUGUUUCGUUAAUUUCUUUUCUAAAACUUUGGUUUUAUUCUUAUUCAAUUUGAAACCUGCAACUUGUCUGAACUCUUGAAUUAUCUUCAGUGCUUGAUUGCACUGAUCUCAGGGUCCUGUAAAGUCAAUACCAAAUCAUCAGCAAAGGCUUUUAACUUAUAUUGUUUAGUUCCCACUACUAUGCCUUUAACUUCCUCAUCCUUCCUUAUCAUGUUCAACAGCACCUCUAGGACAGAAAUAAAAAGCAGGGGGAAAAGUGGGCACCCUUGUCUAGUUCCCUUUUCAAUCCUAAUUUCUUCUGAGACCACAUUGUUAAUUAUAAUUUUUGCUUUCUGCUCAAAGUAAAUUGCAUUAAUACCAUUUUAAAAGUUUUGACCGACCCCCAUAUUACAUAAGUUCUGCUUCAUAAAGCUCCAAGAAACAUUAUCAAAGGCUUUCUCUGAAUCAAUAAACAUUAACAUUGCUUUAGUUUUCCUUUUUACCUCUAAUCUUUCCAACACAUCCACUAUGUUCCUAAUAUUAUCUUUCAUAUGCUUCUCAGGUAGGAAGCUUGAUUGAUCUUUAUGUAUGUGCUUAUUCAAAACCUUCUUCAAUCUUGUAGCCAAAAUAUUUGCAAAUAUUUUAUAAUCCACAUUUAACAAAGAAAUUGGUCGGUACCGUAUUUUUCGCUCUAUAACAUGCACCUGACCAUAACACGCACGUAGUUUUUAGAGGAGGAAAACAAGAAAAAAAUAUUCUAAACAAAACAGUGGAUGUAUGAUUUUUGUGGUUCAUGCUGUGGCCACAGACAUGUUAUCUGACGGUGAGUUUGGGGUAGCCCAAUGCAAAAAUCCUGAGGGUCCAUGUGGAUCCAUGCUUUGUAACCAUGUUUUUACGCCAUUGCGGCCCCACGAAACAGUGGGUGCGUGUCUGUUUUUUGGUGCAGGCUGUAGCCAUGGACAUGCUAUGUGAUCUGAUGGUGAAUUUUGGGUGACCCAGUGCAAAAAUCCUGAGGAUCCAUGUGGAUCUGUGCUUUGAAACCACGUUUUAAGUGGGGAGGGAAGGAAAAGCACUCAAGGGACAAGGAGCACGCGUGGGGUGUGUGGAGAAGGAGCUUUUCGGGGAGCUGAGCGGGGAGGAAAAGAGCACUGUUGCUUUAAAGGUAUACUUAAGGUAUUUGCCCUGUGCCUGGGGUUUUUUCCAUUUAACAGUUUGCAGCCUGUUCCUUCCGCUCCUUGUUUUGAGGCAGAAUAGAUUUGAGCAAGUGAGGAGGACUUGGAUUGCAGGGGAUUUGCCAUUAGCUGUGUAAAAGCGCUCCUCCUUGCAGCCUUCUACUUUGUUUGUACAUGUGGCUACUGGUAUCAGGUUCAGUUUGAGUGAUAAGCAGCCACCAGCAGCAAUAGAAUGGAGAACAAAAAGGCGAUAGGGGCACUAGGACCCAGACAAUGCUCUAAUCUAUCCUGCCUGAAAACAGCUGAGAAGCGGGGGAUUUGCCUAGUUUUCCCCUCUCCCUCAUCCCAUGCCUUCCCCAUCCUUUUUUUUUACUUCCUGGUUUUUACUGCACUCGUGGCUCAGAGCUCCAGGUUGGUUUUUUUUUUGUUUUUGCUGCUGGUUGCUUAAAUUUUAUCCUUCCUGAUCCAAGCCCUUCUGUGCCCUGCUGUCCCUCAGCAGCCUCAUUGCUCUGUUUAGAGAGCGCGCGGACCUUUGCUAGCUGAGGCUGCAGCAGCUGUUGCUGGCUACUUUAAAAGCACCUGCUGGCUUUGAACCGCCUGCCUCCUCCCGGCUCGCUAUGGCUCCCGUCUGUCCCUCCUCCCAUGUAAGCGGCUGCUGCCCGCUUUGCUGCCAUGGCUCUCCUUCCCUCCCUCCUCCCCGGCUCCUCCGUAGGUCACUUUAAAGCAAGCAAAGCGAGAGCCUCGUAGAGCGUGUAAGCGGCUCUCACUUUGCUUACUUUCAGAGAGCCCCUCCUCCUGGCUGUAAAGCAAGCAAAGCUAGAGCCGUGCAAAGCCCUGCAAGCGGCUCCCACUUUGCUUGACUGACGGCAGCCAUGACUCUGAUCCAGUGCAUUCGCUCCGUAACACGCACAGGCAUUUUCCCUUACUUUCUAGGAGCAAAAAAAGUGCGUUAUGGAGCGAAAAUUACGGUAAUUCUUUACUUGAGCUCUAUUUGUGUCUGGUUUGGGUAUCAGAGUGAUGAAUGCCUCUUUCCAGGACUCGGGUGCUUUGUCCCCCUGUAAUAUUUUGUUACAAACAUCCAUCAAAGGUUGUAUCAACCAAUCCUUAAAUAUUUUAUAAUACUUGGAUGUUAAGGUCCCGGUGCUUUGCCUAUUUUCAUUUGGGCAAUUGCCCCUUCAACUUCUUGUCUUGUAAUCCAUUCAUUUAGUAGGCUCUUUUCUGCAAUCUAUUUUUGUCCAGAAACUGUUCCAUUUUUUUUCCUUUUCUUCUUUUUCCUUUUUGUAAAGUUGCUUGUAGUACUUUUGAAAACAUUUUCUAAUCUCUGCUGGGUUCUCAAUAUUCUUACCAUCCUCCAUAAUAUUAAUUAUUGUACUCUCCUUCUGUCUCUUUUUCAAUUGCCAAGCCAGUAAUUUUCCGCAUUUAUUUGCCAAUUCAAAGUCUUUUGUUUCAUCAAUUUAAUUUUCCAUUCAAUUUUUUGGUUGACUAUUUGUGAAGACUAAGAUUGUAAUGCCUUAAUUUCCUUUUGAAUCUGUUGAUUUUUUGGGUUACAUCUCAGUUUUUUCUCUUUCUCCUUUCAUUGAGACAGAAUUUUUUCCUUUUUCUCAUUCUGUGCUUUCUUCCUGAUAGAAUUCUGUUGAAUCAAAAAACCUCGCAUUACCACUUUACUUGCAUCCCAUACAACCCUUGCUUCAAUUCCAGGAUUCAAAUUCAACUCAAAAUAGUCCUUUAGGGUCUUCUGAGCUUUAUUUACAAUCAAAUCAUUUCUCAGUAAAGCAUCAUUCAUCCGCCAUCUAAAAGAACUCUGUAGAGACAAUUUUAACUCUGUCAACACAGCAUUAUGAUCGGAACAAGUCCUUGGGCAAAUUUCAGAUUUAGUCACUCUUGGAGUCAAGUCUUUAGUUAACCAUAUAUUAUCUAGGCGACUGCACGAUAGAUUUGCAUCUGAAAAAAAUGUAAAAUCUUUCUCCAUUGGAUUCUUCAAUCUCCAAAUGUCUAUCAGGUCAAAAUUGUCCACCAUCUCGAAAAACGUCUUUGGUUGCCUCCCAUCAUUAGUAAGUUUUUGCCUUUGGGUUCUGAAGAAAUCCCGAUAACAAUUUACUGAGGAAACUGAACAGAAAACUAUAUAAUUUGAGGAGAGAGGUGUUGUCAUUCUUAUUUCAGGCCUUGUACAUAGCAGGGAGACAUUCAACUAAACAUAGACAGGAAACGACACAGCCAAUUGGGUGAAAAUCAUACCAUUCCAACUGGUUGCUGAGCAACACCCCCUCCCCCUCUUGUCUAGCUGACUUUAACACUUACAGGAUUAACCCUUAAGUUUCACACAGAACGAUCUCUGUCGUUGCAAUUCCAGUGGGGUUAUGUUUGAGAACAGUGCUUUGUCACUAAGAAUGAUAAAUUACUUUUAAAAUCAGUUACAAAAUGUUGAGGUAGAAAUGGGCUAUAGAGCCAUCUGUUUUUGAAAAGCAGGGAUGGGCAACCUGCAGCCUCAGGCCUAAAAGCCAAAGACAUCUGUGAGUGAUCAGUCCCUCUCCUGGGAGGAAGAGGGAAUGAGAAAGGAAAGGCAGAGAGAGAAUGUGCUGCCCCCCCCCCACAGACUGCCCCUGAGGCACUGGCCUUCAAACUCUUGGGUCAGCACCCACUGCCAGGACAUCACAGCAUGACCGAGGGCGAGUCACAGGAGCAGCACUGCCACUAUGCAAGUAGAUUAUUUAAAAAUUCAGAAAUGGGUCCCCAAAUGUAUGUUUGGGUUGAAGCUGCGUUCCAGGUCUGCAAAGGCCACCCUAAGAGAAAAGCUUGCCCACCUCAUUGUAUGGUGUACAAGGGAUCAGGGUUUUCAACCAGGAAUCUUCUGAUCUGAGGUCAAACCCUGUGAGCUACAGAGCACUCAGGCUUUACAGCCUCUUCAAACACAGACAAGGACAUCAGCUCCUCUGACUGGCAGGCAGUAUCAGUGGCCAGGACUGGCAAUAAAUGCCAGGAGCCUGCUCUAGCUCUUUCUCACUGUUCUCCCCUCUGGAAAUGAGAGAACCACAGUCUGGGCCUGAGCCUGAGCAUGUGAAAGUGGAAGGUAGCCUUGUCCAAAGUCUGCUAGUACCUCAGAUGUGCUGGGGUCCAGGCCUGCCAGGGGGUCCUCCCAGUCUGAGGUGGGUGACGUUUACAUGCAAGCUACUAGACAGGUAUGGAUGAAGUGACCCUUCUUGCCCACAGAAAGGGUUGCCAUGACAAUUUAAAAGUGGCAGAGGACUUCCGGGUUGGCGCCAUCGGCAAUGGCGGAAUUCCUCUGACCGGGAGGAAUUUGCCCCGUGGGAAAUUGGGUCUGGACCGCCACGGCGAAGGCAGAGACCUGUAAAAAUCACAGGCGGGAGAAGCCUGUGAACGUGGGAUUCGGCGGGCACCUUCUGUGCCUCCCCUACUCGCGGGGAAACCCGUUUUCGGGGCUCCGGAGCGACGUGGGGUGAGUGGCGCGGUGCUUCGAAUCGUCUGCUUCUUCCACGGAGCGAAGCCGCACAGCUGUUGCUGGAGAGCGCUGACUUUUUCCUGUGGACAAUUUGACUUUAAAGUAAUUACCUGUGAGUAGAGCUGAAACGGGAGAAUUGGAUUUUUAAAAGUAUAAUUUGGUAUCGAAGCGGGGAGGUUCAAAACAGGAAGUCCGCCUUCCCCUUUUGUAAAUAGACUGAGGCAAUGAAGUUGCAAGCUGGAGUCCUGGAAAGUCUUUUGUAAAAGAUUAAAUUUCCAUCGGUAAAGAACAAAACCCCCCUUUGGAGGCAGGAGAAGAGGGGGGGAAGUUGUGGACUGAAUAUGCCUGCAGGAGAGAGCGAAGAGAUGUAAAACACCGCCACUCUGACCCUGGAAACGGGCUGCUAGUAGGACUGACGUAUUUUGGAAUGUUCAUUGACAGCGUUUAGAACGUUCAUUGACAGCUAGUUAAACAAGAGAAAUACAUUGUUUCUACUGUUUCCGGCUGCUUUAAAAAGGAGUAAAAGUAACUGAAAAUUGAAACUAACUUGAAACUAAUUUUCUGAUUGUUUAAAAGAGGAUGCUAUUGACUAUUACAAAUAGAAACUGUUUCCCCCUAGUGGAAGCCUUUGAAACCGGUUGCUUUACAAGAGUUGGGUUAGGGAAAUUUCCAGCUGCAAGUUAAAAACCGUGAGACUCUGGGACUGACCUUGAAUCUUUUAAGUGUUAUGGUUAAUGGAAGAGGAAAAACAGACCAGUCAACUGCUGACAAAACAUUAAGGUCUGGGAGGACUUGGCAACAAUCCAGGAGAGCUUCACCAUCAGGCCCCCCUGCUUUUUGUUGCAGCCUUUGUACCAGUAUAUGUAAAACCAAGAGAAAUGUUGACAGAAGAGGCUCUAGUGGCUGCAUUAUUUAAGAUAAAUGAUUCAUUGAAUCAGCUUCACAGGAAAAUGGACACGAUAAAUGCGAAAGUGGAUAUUUCAAUCAUUAAAACUAACUUAAAUAUAGAAAGUAUAAAUAAUACUAAUACAGAAACUACCCAGAAAUUGACACAGGAACCUAUUUCGAUACGGCAAACUGCGGAGGAGGCCAGGGAAAAGCUGUUGUUGCUGAAUGUAAAGAAACACAACUGGAGAGAAAGAGCAAGAGAGCCCCAGCCCUACAGAAGCAACUUGAUGAAUAUAAGUUGACGCUUGCUAUGACUGAACUUAAAGAAAAACAGACAAAUUUGAGGAUUAGAGUUCACCUUUGGUGGACAUGCCCAAGGAUUAAGACACUUUGGGAGAUGAUUCAUAAUGAAAUGAAAAAGGUAUUUAAAUAUACCUUUCUGAAGAAACCAGAGGUCUUUCUCCUGGGCAUGGUCGGCCAAUUGGUGUUAAAGAAGAAUAGAACUCUUUUCACGUAUGUAACAAUAGCAGCAAGAAUACUCAUUGUGAAGUACUGGAAGACACAAGAUUUAUUUUUCCGGGAAGAAUGGCAGAUGAAGUUGAUGGACUAUAUGGAAUUGGCGGAAACGACUGGCAGAAAUACUAGACCAGGGAGAAGAGACGGUGGAAGAAGACUGGAAAAAGUUUAAGACUAUUUAUAGAAAUAUUGUAAAAAUAAUGAAUGUUAGAAAAAUGUUGGAAUGAAGUUAUAUGGUUUUAGUAGAAAUGCUAUAAGAAAUUAAGUAUAAAUAGACUAAUAGAGUAUUAAAGGGAAAAAUAAGAUUAGAAUAUGUUAAGAUAAUUAUAGGAUAGAAAACAGAGGAAGAUGGAAAGGAAUUGCUGAAACAAUUAAUAGAAGUGGAAUACAAAAAGGGAGGUGUGAGGAGGUCGUGGAAAUAAGGGAAUGAAAGUUAAGAUAUUGAAAUUGUUUUGUGUUUUAAAUGGUUUGCGUCUUAUUUUGUUAAUCUUAUGUUUUUUCUUUUCUUUUCUUUUUCUUUUCCUUUUUUGUUUUUUCUGUUUUAUUGUGUUUAAAUGGUUGGAAAAUCAAUAAUUUUUUAUUUAUUUUUUUAAAAAGACAAUUUAAAAGUGGCAGGCAGAGUUUUUACAUUUGCGCCUAACCACUCCUGAUAUGUGCCUUCUGUGCUGAGUCUAUCCCAUUAGGUAUUUUUGAAAUGCCUCGUAGUGGCUUCACACAUUACUUUUUACAGUUAGGAGGGCUCUGAAAUGGAAAGCUAAAUGAUGUUCCUUGUUUCCAUGUUUUGUAGAUCAUCUCCAAAGAGAUUGAAGCAAACGAUUGGAAGUGGAAAUAUGAAGGAAGCCGGCAAGAGGUUCUGGAAAUGAGGUAACUCUCUCCAUCCAGCCCAGGGCCCUGGUGGGAACGUAAAUUGCCCCCUCUCCUGUAGUUUGAUCAGUCAUUUGAUGAGCAAGGCGAGUGAUAGCCCCCUGCCUCAGCUGAUGUACGUGUGGGUGUGUAUAAUUUUUUAUUUCAUAAAAUUUAUAUACCAAUUGAAUGUAAAAACAAACAAACAAAAUACCCUAAAAACUGUUUUCAAAAUAAUAAACCAAUAAAAUUACUGGUAAAAACAGUUAAGAAUAAGUAUUUAAAAUGUUAAAAAAAAAUCAUUGAUAAACUAAAAACAUAUUAGAAUACAUAUUAACAUUAUCUAUAUUUGGGUAUUUUGUCUAAACAAAAAUGUUUUUCGCAGGCACCAAAAAGAGUACAGUGACAUGUUCUCUUAAGUGUGUAGAAAGGCAACAUCCACUUUUGUCCGCAGCUGCCCAUUGGCAUGCAGCCUCUGGCGGGUUGGUCAAGGGCAAGUGUGGCCCCAGAAUGAAAAAAAGCCAUCCCUGGCCUAGGAAUUUGACCUGGGCAGGGAAGACCCCAAGUCAAUCUCCACUCAGCCACAAGACUUCCUGGGUGAUCAUCAGCUUGUUCCUCUCAGUCCAAUCUGCCUACCUUACAGGGUGGUUGUGAAGAUAAAAGAGCAGGACCUUUGUGUGCACCAUAUUAGGAGAAAGAACAGGAUACAAAUGGAAUAAAUUUGUACAUAGUUGUUUGUUUGUUUGUUUGUUUGUUUGUUUGUUUGGAUGUUAACAAAAAAGCACCCAAAUCAAAAAAAGGUGUCAGUUUUCUUUACCUACAUUUUUGGAAAGAGUUCUGGAAGCCAAACAGGUCUAUGCAGUGAAAUGGGUGUGCAUGUAACCAUUCUCAAGUUUGCAUGCAUCUUAAGAUGCCUGCAGAAGAGAAACUUUGAGUGAUGGCUGUCUGUCUGUCUUGCAUAAGGAUGAAAUAAUGUAAAAGGCAUCCCACACUAGGAUGAGUGGGUGGAGCUGGUUCACCGAAGCAAGAAGUGAGCGAUUCUGAUUCUUGUGUGCUGUUUCCUGACUUUUCUGUUUAGGAAGAUUGUAGCUGAAUACGAGAAGACCAUUGCCCAGAUGAUAGGUAAGCCAUGGCUUUGUGGGUAGAAGGGACAAGAAAGCUGUGCCUCACCCUCUACUGAUCAUCCCCUCCAGCUAAUCCAGGCCAUAAAUGUGCAGGAGGCAUAUCUUUAUUUAUUCAUUUUAUUAAAUUUGUAUACCGCCCUGUCUGUACCCAUAGAUCUCAGGGCUGCUCACAAAUGCAGUUUCAAUGCAAUGUCUCUGUGUCUGUGACACGACGUGCCAAGUUUUCAAGUGGUAGCUUGGAGUCUGGUCAGCGCUUGGAGAAGCAGUUAUAGUCAAGUCUCCGUGUAAAUGCUGCAAGCCUGAUAAGAACAUAAGAGCCAGAUAGAUUAGCCCAAGGCCCAUCUAGUCCAGCACCCUGUUCUCACAGUGGCCAACCAGAUGCCCAUAAUAAUAAGAAUUUUUUUAUUUGUACCCCUCCCAUCAGACUGGGUGGCCCCAGCCACUCUGGGCGGCUUCCAGCAUAAUAAAAACACAGCAAACAUCAAACAUUAAAAACUUCUGGAUACAAGGCUGCCUUCAGAGGUCUUCAGAAAGUUGUGGGGUUGUUUAUGUGUUUGACAUCUGGUGGGAGGGCAUUCCACAGGGUGGGCGCCACUACCAAGAAGGCCCUCCACCUGGUUCCCUGGCUCCGCAGAGGCAGAACAGAGCACAACAGCACUCUUUUUAAAAAAUAUUGGCUAAUUGGUGGGAAAUAGCAGAUAUCAAGGACAGGAUACUUCUCCAUUUGGAAUUGGUAUCUGAAGAAGUGUGUAUGCACACAAAAGCUUAUACCAGAACAAACUUAGUUGGUCUAUAAGGUGCUACUGGACAAUUUUUUUUUUUAUUUUGACUACAUCAGACCAACACGUCUACCUAGCUGAAUUUGGAAUUAAGUUAGCCUUCCCCAACCUGGUGCCCUUCAGAGGUUUUGAACACCAACCCCUCUCCAUUUAGUUCAGCCUUGGCCAACCUUCAGUCACUAAUGGGAGUUGUGGUCCAAAACCUCUUGAGGGCGCCAGGUCAGUGAAGGGUGAACUAAACCUUUGGCGGAGCUCUUGAACACGUGAAAAGCUGACGAUCUGCGCUGCUGUUUAGCACUGUCUUCUCCGUUAGGAAUCACAGCUGGGGAAGAAGGGAACGCCCAACUGCUCCUUUCCAGGUAGGCUUAAUGUUCUCCUUUUCAUUUGAAUCCACAGAGGAUGAACAGAGGACAAACAUGGCAUCACAGAAGAGUCUUCAGCAACUGACGAUGGAGAAGGAGCAGGCUCUGUCUGACCUGAAUUCUGUGGAACGGUCCCUUUCCGACCUGUUCAGGAGAUAUGAGAACCUGAAGGGGGUCCUGGAAGGCUUUAAGAAGGUCCUUUUUCUGCAUAAAAAGGCCUUUUCUCCUCCUUACCUGCAGCUCAGAAUCCCUGCCUUAUCUGCUGUAGGCCAGAGGUGGGGGACCUGUGGGCUCCAGAAGUUCCUGGACCCCUAACCAUUGGCCCUGCUGGCUGGGCUGAUGGGAGUUUGAAUGCAGCAAUUUCUGAAGGGCCACAGGUACCCUGAUGCAGGAGGGCGUAUCUUUUUUCGGGGUGAAAUUGAAUUUUUGCAAAUUUCUUCAGUGAUGCAUCUUAAAAGUAUGUUUCUGGAUAUGAUUCAAAUCUGCUAUUCUUUUUGUGAUUGGACAAUAUUCAGUAAGUCUAUGUCUGAGGAAGAAGCACAUAAUCUGCUUUUGGAAAACCAAAAAACCCCAGAGCUGUUAAAUUUUUUGGGGGGUAGGCACAGUUGUUUAGCUUUUGGGGGGGGAUUGCAGACAAUCACUCACCCACCUGACCGCCACUGCCAAUCACAUACCUCGCCAAAGCCACUGUCCGAUCACCACCAGCAGCCGACAAUCAACUGCACAAUUGCCAUAUUUUAGCAGAGGAAAUAAUCCCCCUCAUAUAUUAUUGCAUUUAUUCCCCUGUGUUAGUCAAGGAUUUAUGGAUUAAGCCUCUUGCAAAGUCUCAUAUCUUUUUUAAAAACACCUAGUUUAUGAAGGUGUAUUCUUUAAUAUUCAUUAUCCAAAUGGGUGCAUUCAUUUUGAUGAAUGUAUAAUCUCCAUUGGAGGGCUGGAUCCGGAACUGGCCCACCCUCUGUGCACCCCUUUUGACCGAUAGGUGUGGGCCUCCACCAGUCUGUUUCCUGACAUCACAUGGCAACAGGCGAUUCAGAUUUUCCCCAAUGGGGCAGUAUCAGGAAGCCAACAAUUCUGCUCCAGGUCAGAUUUCAGUCCACGCUGGAGAAGAAUUUAGAGGCUCAUGAAGCGUGAAUGCUAUUUCCCUAUGGACUUUAAGAAGCCUCUGAAGCACUUUCCCCAAGUUCAGCUCUGGAGAACUUUGCUAGCUUCUCCAUCUUGAUGCUCUGCUAGUUGGCACACUUGCAUCUUUUUGUUGCUAAACCUUUUGCAUCUUCCUCUAACUUUUGUCUUCUAGAAUGAGGACGCAUUGAAGAAGUGUGCUCAGGAUUAUCUCACUCGGGUCAAGCAAGAAGAGCAGCGGUACCAGGCCUUGAAAAUCCAUGCUGAAGAGAAGUUGGACAAGUAAGGAAUUUUUGGCUUUCAAGGAAAGAGAGAAUGGCAACACUGAACUGUGGUUAACAGAAAGCGGGAGUGAAAGCUUCCAGAUUCCUCCCUGUGGGUGUGCUGGAGGAGGAGAAGGGGAAGCAAGGGAGGCCAGAGGAAGGAUCUCAUGGUGUCUUGAUUUAAGGGGGGAUGGGGAGCAAAAGCGUCUUUGCCUGCAACAGAAUAUACAAGUACAAGCUCAAGUUUCAGGAAUAAUAAUGACGAUAAGCAGUUGAAGGCUAAGUGGUGGCUGAUGCCCUUUGGGGAGUGAUAAGAUGGAAGCAAAGUGAACAACAGCUGGUGCAGCCAGAGUCAGCGACAAGCAGAGCUAGGUAAUUUUAGUUUUGUCCCCAUCCUCCUCCAUGCUGGGUUCUACACAGGGAAACACUGAGACUUAAGGCAGAGGAGGCUCGGAAAGCAGGCGGGUGGCAGCUGUCUGAGGGCAGAGCUACCUGUUUGCUGCAAUGGACCAGCCUCCACUGCCAGAGGAUUGCAGCGCAUCAUGAAUAAUAUCAACAGUGGGCUGCUAUAUUGCGGACAGCAAAUCCUGCAGUUGAAAGCCUUCACCCACAAACUGAGAGUCAGUUUUCUCUGCUAAGGACGUUUUCAUUACAGCCUGGCUGAGCACAAUACUGUCCCUCUCAAGGGCCAUCCAGAAGAUGAACCUUAUUUGCAUCUCUGUUUCUCUUGCUGUCUUCCCCCUUCAAUGCAGAGCCAAUGAAGAGAUUGCUCAGGUGCGCAACAAGGCCAAAGCGGAGAGUGCAGCUCUUCACGCUGGGCUCCGAAAAGAACAAAUGAAGGUGGAGUCUCUGGAGAGGGCCCUCCAGCAAAAGGUGAAGGAGCCUCUCUUAUCUUUUUCCUGCUGCAAAGAAAAGAGCAAAUUGUCUGAAUCUACCACAUGCUGCUUGAAAUUCCUUUAACAUGGACAGCAAAAUGUACAUUGAGUUUUCAGUAUUCUCCUGAUCUUGUGAUAUUGCUAUUUUUUAUUCUUCUUAAUUGUUCAAUGGCCUGGUUCAUUUAUUGUGUUUAUACAAUAUUUCUAUUGUGCUUCAUUUGUCCUAUAUUUUUAAUAUUUUCUUCUGGGUUGGGGGAGCCUUAUAUACUGAAGGGUGGUACAGUCCUGACGAUGCUAUACAGUAAUCUGUACUCCUGAAUCUGUUUGGGUUAACUUGGUUAUUGGUUGAUUUCCUCAAUACCAAGACCCUAUUGCUAUGGUCCCUAACUUGAGGCCCACCUUGGUGCCUGCAAAAGCCCUUCCUAGGUUUCUUUUUCAAAUACAGUGGUGCCUCGCAAGACGAAAUUAAUUCGUUCCGCGAGUUUUGUCGUCUUGCGAUUUUUUUCGUCUUGCGAAGCACGGUGUCGGGAAAGUUUUGGAAAAGCUUCAAAAAUCACCAAAGUCUUUAAAAACCUCAAAAAAGGCUACCACACCGCAUUCUAUGAGUUGCUCCUUGAAGUCAAGUCGCAACUGUAUUAACGGUGUUAAGAAAAAGGAAACAAACUUGCAAGACGUUUCCGUCUUGCGAAGCAAGCCCAUAGGGAAAAUCGUCUUGCGAAGCAGCUCAAAAAAUAAAAAACCCUUUCGUCUAGCGAGUUUUUUGUCUUGCGAGGUACCACUAUACUAAGUUUUGGGGACUUCUUGUUCUGGUGGAUGGUUUCCUUAGCUACUUCUUCUGUCAGUGUUUGAUUUGGUUGGGGGGGUGUAGAUGUUUUGCCUGUUUUGAGGGCAUUUUGUGAUGCUCACAACAGUUUCUUUGGUUUACAAAUGUGGCCCAGGGCACAGAAAGGUGACCUAGUUGAAAAUAUGAAAAUAUGAUUGCACAAGCAUUUAAAGGAGACUCCAUUGCACUACAGGUGCCUUAUUGGAUUUUGCAGGUUUCAACUUUUGCAAGUCUGUUGGUUUUUUUUAUGGAAAUGCUCUACAGUAGGGAUUGGAAUCCUGUGUGGAGUCCACCAGCAUGUUGACUCGAUCGCAGGCUCCCCAUCCCUGGACUGUGGCCACUGCCUAUACCAGAGCUUUCCAAACUUUUCAUGUUGGUGACAUACUUUUUAGACAUGCAUCAUUUCACGACACAAUAAUUCAGUUUUACUAGCACUAACCCCUUGCCAGUCCCAGGAGGAGCAGCAUUCACAUGAAACGCACACUGCACACUGAAGGCAACAUGCUAAUGUGUCACAACACACAGUUUGGAAAGCUCUGGCUUAUCCCAUUAUCCCAUUCGCCAGCCCAAACCCUCUGCGUUCUCUUGCAUCCAGUAGUGGCAACAAGAGAGAUUUAAGAAUGUGUCAUUAGCAGCUCUUCACUUCCUACGUUUUUUGUGUUUUUCAGAACCAGGAAAUUGAAGAACUGACCAAGAUCUGCGAUGAGCUGAUUGCCAAGCUAGGAAAGGCGGACUGA